AAGAUGGCGGCUGCGGCGGGGAGUCGGAGCGCGUCGUCCGGAUUAACGGCAGCCGCGGGCGGUGCUGCGGUUCCAGGCAGCCCGGAGUUGGGGUAUCUGGCAGGGGAGGCUGGGGAGCAGAAGGCGGACUGGAGGCGCAAGCAGCUGCGCAAAGUGCGGAGUGUGGAGCUGGAUAAGCUGGCCGGGAGAGCCGAGUCCGAGCUGCUCAGCACACCGGGACCAGCCGGGGAACACGAGACCGGCACCGCGUACACCGGCACGGCUGGGGAAACCGAGGACACCAUGGGGAGCCACAGCACCGGGUAAGGGGGUAAUGGGCAGAAGAAAGGACCCCCAGAUCACCUCCUGAACCCGCACUAUGGGAGCACGGAUUGGGCUAUAGAGGGGUCCAACUGCGGGGGGAGAGAGAGAGAGAGUACCUCUUACUGGGGAUAGGGGGGGGAACCCCACUGACAGGGUAUCAGGGGAGACAGCAGGGGGAGAACCCCCGCUGACAGGGUGUCAGGGGAGACAGCAGGGGGAGAACCCCCGCUGACAGGGUGUCAGGGGAGAGAGCAGGGGGAGAACCCCCGCUGACAGGGUGUCAGGGGAGAGAGCAGGGGGAGACAGCCCCCCACUGACAGGGUGUCAGGGGAGACAGCAGGGGGUGAACCCCCACUGACUGGGUGUCAGGGGAGACAGCAGGGGGUGAACCCCCACUGACUGGGUGUCAGGGGAGACAGCAGGGGGAGACAGCCCCCACUGACUGGGUGUCAGGGGAGACAGCAGGGGGAGAACCCCCACUGACUGGGUGUCAGGGGAGACAGCAGGGGGAGAACCCCCACUGACAGGGUGUCAGGGGAGAGAGCAGGGGGAGAACCCCCACUGACAGGGUGUCAGGGGAGAGAGCAGGGGGAGAACCCCCACUGACAGGGUGUCAGGGGAGAGAGCAGGGGGAGACAGCCCCCCACUGACAGGGUGUCAGGGGAGAGAGCAGGGGGAGACAGCCCCCCACUGACAGGGUGUCAGGGGAGAGAGCAGGGGGAGACAGCCCCCACUGACUGGGUGUCAGGGGAGACAGCAGGGGGUGAACCCCCACUGACUGGGUGUCAGGGGAGACAGCAGGGGGAGACAGCCCCCCACUGACUGGGUGUCAGGGGAGACAGCAGGGGGAGACAGCCCCACUGACUGGGUGUCAGGGGAGACAGCAGGGGGAGACAGCCCCACUGACUGGGUGUCAGGGGAGACAGCAGGGGGAGACAGCCCCCACUGACUGGGUGUCAGGGGAGACAGCAGGGGGAGACAGCCCCCCACUGACUGGGUGUCAGGGGAGACAGCAGGGGGAGACAGCCCCCACUGACUGGGUGUCAGGGGAGACAGCAGGGGGUGAACCCCCACUGACCGGGCAGAGAGUACUCAGACUGGGAAUAGGGGUGAUGGCAGGAAGUGACAGAAGGACUAGAACUGACAGCUGUGGAUGACCCCUCAGAAUGUGCAUUGGGGUGCCAACUGGAGCUAAGCAAAAUUCUCAGGUUUAGAUAAGGUGGUUCUACCCAGUAUGAGGUUGAAAAGACUCCUUGUCAUAGUAAUCGAAUAUUACACAAAAAUAGGUAUUUAAGGUAUUCUGUGGGGUAAGGGCAGAUUUUUCUUUCAAUGAUCAACGUUUUGUGAGGCUAGACAUGCAUAGUCCUUGUGUCAUGGAAUUUGCAAUUUACAAAGAUAUGGUUCUGUUGUCCUUCCUGCCUUGUAUCAUUUUAUAUGGCUCCUUCAAUGUCAGCAAAGAGGUUACAAUGUUGGUUAAAGUUCAGAUAGUGCACAAAAGGAAGUUGAGUACUAUUUAAUUGCUAGGUUGGUAUUACUUUUAGAGAAUACAUACUUGGCAAGGGAUUUUGUGUAAUGAAAUGAAAACUUGUGUGCUGUAUAACCUAUUGACUCAGCUGUCAAGUCAGAGUUUUUAAUGCUAGAAUAAAUGUGUUUUUUUCCAUCUAAGCCUGUAACAGCCACUCGUGUUAUACUGCCCUGGAUUCUAAUGGAUCAGUGGUUCCUCUUCUUGGCGGAAAACAAUAAAAUGGCAAACAGCCCACUUUAGCUUGUCACCAAUCCACAGCUUAUUAAUGUACUCUGCAUAUUAAUAUUGGGGUAGGUUUAGUAUGUUGGAGUAAGAUCAUGGUAUCUGGAGACUUGUGUACAUUUCUUGAGUCAGUGGUUGCUAAACUUUGGUGCUUAGCCUAAUGCUUCAGUGCCAGGGAUUUAAUCUCUCUGAUCUUCUUAAUGUGUUUUUAAAUUGUUGCAUACUUGCUGUUAAUUAAUAUGCUCUUUUUAAUUUUUUUUUUUUUUCUUAUCGAUUAAUUUUGUGACAGUUUGAUCUCACUUGAUGAUAAACUAUAUGUGAUAUUAAUGCCGAAAACAUUGUUUUUUUCAUUUGUUCUUUAUAUUUUAUCCUAUGGCAACAGGUAUGUUUAGGUUGUAAGCUUGUUUGAGCAGAACCUUGGCUUAACUUUUAAACAUAUGCCUUAUACUCCUAUCAUACAGCACUUUAGAAUGUUGGUGCCCUGUAAUUAAAAUGCUUUGAAGAGCCUGGCGCAGAUCUGAUAAUACUAAUUUUUAUUUCAUUACUAUGCUAGUAGAAAUAUAUCUGUUUAGCCCACAAACGUGAAACCUAUGUUAGUGUUAAAUCAAGUAACCAUUAGUUGCGUUUUUUUUGUUUGUUUUUUUUCCCUAAAUGCUCAUUUUGCUUUGUUUGUUGGUAUUUUCAUUGGGGAUUAGUUAAUGGCAUGUGUAAAAAUGCUUUGAUAUAAACUAGUAAUGGUAAAAGCAGAGGUCAUGUAAAUGAAGUCACUCCUGCUUUUGAGGAAUGGUGCUGUGCAAAUUUUUCUCCCUUUCUGUCCGGUGUUUAGACUUGUCUCUACAUUUAAAAUACACAAUAUGUGCACGGUCUCCUCUGGGCAAGCAGAUUUACCUGUCUCUAAGCUUGCAAAAGGACACCCUUGCUUGAAAUUACUGUAGGGUAAAAAAAUUAUUUUUUUUUUUCUGUAGUUCUUUUGUCUUGUUUCAAAUGUAUGUUGUGGCAAAAUUUAGUCCUUUGCAAACCUUAAGUAUUCUACUACAUCUCUUUUACUAUGUGCUGGACACGCAUAUAGCACUCAAUGGGUUAAGACACUGUUUACAUUUCCAAUUGCACAAGCAACCUCCAAAUUAUCAGGUGUGUAGGAAAUCACUUCACAUCAUACAGUGCCAUUUUCAGUACUGAUUUUUAGCUGUUUGAGUGACAAGGCAUUGAAAGGUUGGUUACGCUUUAUAAGCAUUGUGAUUUAUGAAAACAUUGUGAUUUACUUGAAUCCACUGUUUACAGGACUGCUUCAAGUUGCCAUUUGCGAGUGACAAUUUUUGUGAGUAGAAAUUCACCCCUGAAGGUUAUACUAUGGCUUAUAGUCACAAGACACCUUUUUAAGGCCUGUAGCAUUGCACUGUAAAUUAUUUUAUUAUUUAGUGCCAUCAGAUUCCGUAGCGCUGUACAUUUCUGCCUCAGUAAAUUUGUCAUUGGGGUCAGGACGCAUAUUGACAGAGACCGGAUCUCUGUUGGUAAGUAAAUCCUUUAGUUUACUGAUGAUUCAGGUCCCAGCUCCUGUGGUCUUCAGGCACCAUAACCACUUAAAUGUGUUGAAGUUGUUAUAGUGCCUGCAGUGUCCCUUUUAAACUUCACAAAUGUUGAACAUCAUAAGAAAUGCACUCAUUGUAUGCAUCUAUAUUUACUAAGAUAAGCCAUUUCUUACAAUAGGAAUAGCCAGGUUGCUUUAGUUACUAAAGACUGUAAAAUAUUGAAACAAUUUGUGCUAUUUGGAGGAGUGUUUCAUGCAAUUAAAAGGCUUUAGCUCUUGUUGAAAUUUUUGGUUGCACAUGGAAGUUUACACUUGAAUAGCAUUGUGCAAAAAUGAUUGGAGUUCAAGGUGUUGGUGUAAGGCUCGGGUGUAGGGUCUUUCACGUAGUUAAUAUGCAUUAGUGUUGACAUACAUUAUCUCUCCCUAUCGACAAUCUUUUUUAGUAGUGAGAAUUUGUUGGCUCUAUAACUAGAUUGACUUCUUGAUUUUCCUCCAAGCUCUUUCGAGCCCAGGUACAUGCAUGCAGUGACAUGUUUGCUCUCCUACUUACAGAAAUCAUGUACCCUGUGUUUGUGUUUUUUUUUUUUUUUUUUUAUCAAAAGCCUGAUUCUGUUGUAAUAAGAGGUUCAAACUUUGUACAAAACCAUAUUUGGUCAUGUUGAUGUCUGUAAUUUUUGUUUUUAUAUCAAGUAAACAUUUGUAAAAAUGUUUCCAUCAUAUAUUUUUUUUCUUUAAGGAUGUUUUCUCUGACUUAUGUUAAUUGCAACACUCACUGGUGGUCUAUCAUCACCAAGUGGUCCUUAAACGAACACUCCAGGGAUUUUAACUACUGUAACAUGCUGGCCAAGCCAUUUUAGAAUGACUUUGCUCUACCAGGUGUCCCUCCCCAAAUCCACUACUGCUGAGUGCAAGAAGCUUUCUUCUUUGAAAUAAGUCGUUCAAUGCUAAUGGCUCUAACUUAGCUGUAAGUGGUAAGUGGAACGUCAUACCCAGUUAAGAAGUCAAACCAUUCAAAAAUGGGUUGACUCUUUAUUAUAGGGGUCAGGGGUGCCAGGUCCUCCAAACAACUACAGCGAUUUGUCUUUAAUCUUUUUAAUGUUAUGUUUGCUUUUUACUUGUAUUUAAAAAUGGUUAAAAGUCACGGCUGAGUAAACCUAAAGAAUAGUGAAAUUAAGCUGUCUUUUUAUAUCUCCUUUUUAUUUCCAGUUAAGAAAAUGGUGCAUCACAUGCAAAAAAAAAUUUCUCUCUCCAAGUUUUAUACGUGACUUACAUUUUUUCAUUGUAUAGUUUCUAUUAUUUUGUUUGUGGUUGUGUCUACAGUUGGUAACUUCCCACUCACACAAGAUUGUUUAGGUCUUUUUAGACAUAUGUAGAUGAAGGCACUGGUGGAUUUAGAACUAGUUAUUUAACCCCAAAAUUGGGAGACAAACUUGGUUUAUGUUAAUUUACUUGGGUUGGUUCCUUUUUGGUUUGAACAGGUACAUCAUUUUCAUUAGGCCUCAUAUAAUUGCCCACAAUAAACUUUCAGUAGCAGUUGCACUGCUUUCUGCAGUAAAAUACUCUCUUAACAAUGGGAGACCUAAUCAAGUUGUUUAAUAGAAUUUAUUUUGGUAGAUCGGGCCACUUGCCUUACUGUAACUUUUUUAAUACUGGAUCAUCAAGCUAAUUUAUAUAAAGUUUUACUAUUCAAUGACAAUAAAACCUUGAGUUUUAUUAUACAGAGGCCUCUUUAUUUACUUUCCUGCAUCAAAAAAACAAACUUAUAAAAUAAAAAACUAAAAUGGAUAUAUCCCCUCCUUCAAUCAGAGCACAGAAUAGGGUAUAAGUGGCCUAAUCCCCAAUCCAAUGUCCUCUUUCUUUGCAAGUCAAAAACUCAAUAAAUGUCUUCCGACUGUUAACCUCAAAACUGGCAAAUGUACAGCUCGGACUAUGGAAAUGAAGUAUUGACUUUGAAGUUGAACAAUAUUCUUGUCCAUAUAUAGAUAUAUUGAUAUAUUGUGUAUCACAAAGAUCACAUGGUAAAAAAAAUGUGAAGAAGAAUAAAAUAUAAUGGUAAAAUAUAAGUAUGUCUUGAAAGUAUGCAAUAUUGGUGCUGGCAACAAUAUUGCCGGAAUGAAGUUAAAAGCAAGAAUAGUUGUAAAACAAUAGUCAAUAGCAUCAGUUGGUUGUGGUGUGUCGGAACUGACCAUGCAGUAGGCCUGUAAUAGAGGGCCCACCUGUUGCGAAUUUUUUUUUUUUUUUUUUUAAAGAAUAGACCUAACGUUUGAAUUUAAUUUCUUAACAUGAUUCUAGUUAUCUCUUAUUUACUUGAUUGCACUGAUCUCAUGAAUUUACACCAUAUGAAAUUAUUCUAACUAUUUAUGUUAACGUUGUCACUAUAAGUAGGUACAAUAUUAAAUUAUAGAAAAAAUAUGUUGGUCUUAAAAACUAUUUAUAACAAUCACAGUACCAUAUGUAAUCUAUACUCUUAUGCAUUUUGUAUUAUGCUUGUACCUAUAUGUUCUUACACUUUUUUCCGUGCAAGCAUAUAAUUGCGGACAUUGAAUCAAAGAACGUGCGUGUGUGCGUGUGUGCGUGUGUGCGUGUGUGCGUGCGUGUGUGCGUGUGUGCGUGUAAAAAAAAAUAAAUAAAAAAAUAAAAAUAAAAAUUAAAAUAAAUUUAAGUGUGUGUGUGUGUGUGUGUGUGUAUAUAUCUUAAAUGUAACAUCAUACAUAGUGUAAUUUAAUGUUAAUAGAAGUAUAUAUUAGUAUUAAAAUACGCUUAAAAUGAUGUUAAAUAUAUGAUAUAUAUACGUAUAAUUACAAUUUUCAAAAAAAAUUAAAUUAUAUACAUAUGUAAUUUCAUUCUAACUGUAUUUUGUUAUAUAUGUGUAACAAAAUACACUUACAAUGACCUAUAUAUUAUAAAUAAGUGUGUGUGUGUGUGUGUAUAUAUAUGUGUGUGUGUGUGUGUGUGUAUAUAUAUAUAUAUAUGUAUAUAUAUAUGUAUAUAUAUAUGUAUAUAUAUAUAUAUAUAUAUAUAUAUAUAUGUAUAUAUAUAUGUAUAUGUAAUAUUUUAACAUAAUUGUGAUUUAAUUAGUUAAAAUUUGAUUGACCUGCCUGACAACCCAGGCAAAAAGUGCAAAGAAUUUGCAUUGCAAGCACUAUAUUUAACCCUGUAACUUCCAAGACACAAUAAAAUCUGUACAUGGGGGGUACUGUUUUACUCGGGAGACUUCGCUGAACACCAAUAUUAGCGUUUCAAAAUGGUAACUUGUAUUACAACAAUUAUAUUUUUAGUGACAGCACUUUUACUGAUAUUAUUGUUGUAAUACAAGUUACCAUUUUGAAACACUAAUAUUUGUGUUCAGCGAAGUCUCCUGAAUAAAACAGUACCCCCCCAUGUACAGGUCUUUUGGAAAGUUAGAGAGUCAAAUGUAAGGCUUGCAUUUCACUUUUUUUCACAUUGAAAUUUGCCAGAUUGGUUACGUUGCCUUUGAGACCGUAUGGUAGCCCAGGAAUAAGAAUUACCUCCAUGAUGGCAAACCAUUUGCAAAAGUAGACAACCCAAGAUAUUGCAGACUGGGUAUGUCUAGUCAUUUUUAGUAGCCACUUACCGUAUUUAUCGGCGUAUAACACGCACCUCAUUUUAAGAAGGAAAUUUCAGGGAAAAAAAACUUAAAGGACCACUAUAGUGCCAGGAAAACAUACUCGUUUUCCUGGCACUAUAGUGCCUUGAGGGUGCCCCCACCCUCAGGGACCCCCUCCCGCCGGGCUCUGGAGAGAGGAAGGGGUUAAACACUUACCUUUCUCCAGCGCCAGGCGGGGAGCUGUACUCCUCCUCUCCUCCUUGCUCGCGACGUCAUCGGCUGAAUGCGCACGCGCAUUCAGCCGGUCGCAUAGGAAAGCAUUUACAAUGCUGUCCUAUGGACGCUUGCGUGCUCUCACUGUGAUUUUCACAGUGAGAAGCACGCAAGCGCCUCUAGUGGCUGUCAAUGAGACAGCCAGUAGAGGCUCUGGAGGCUGGAUUAACCCUCAGUAUAAAAAAAAAAGGGGUUAAUCCUAGAGGGACCUGGCACCCAUACCACUUCAUAAAGCUGAAGUGGUCUGGGUGCUUAGAGUGGUCCUUUAAAUUUCAAAUAAAGAACUUCUUACCCCCCUUUCUUACUCCCCCCUCCCCCUGUUCUCCUCUGCGUUAAGCAUCUCCAUGCAGAGCGUGGAGUCGGUGAGCAUAGAUCUUGCAAAGAUUCCAUGUCCUAGUCCAGGAUGUUCCUUAGUGAUUGUCUGAGUGACGGUGCCUUUUCUCAGUGUUUACACUGCUGACUCUUCAGGGGAAUACUAUAUGCUCCUGAACCACAACAUUAAACUGUAGUGGUUCUGGUGACUAUAGUGUCCCUGUAAUUAUGGGGUGGGGGGGGUGAUGUCGUCUGUUGCUGGUAUCUAUAUUUUCUAUUGUUUUAAUGGGAAAGUAAAUUAGGACAGAAGCAUAAUAUGAAUCUCUUGUAGUAAUGUUUGGAUUCCAGUUAAAAACCACUGGACUAAACACGUGUCUAAGAGGCAGGGGUUUAGUGACCAGAAGUUAAAUGAUAUCACCAACACCAUGCUCCGAUCAGUAUGAGCAAACUCAGGGGUACUUAAAGUGUAAAAACAAACAACCUUAAAUUGCUCCCAUACAUGUUAAAUGCACCACAUACAUCAUAAAAGUAUAUUGUGUGUUCAAUGUAAAAUAAAGAUUUAAAGGACCACUAUAGGCACCCAGACCACUUCAGCUUAAUGAAGUGGUCUGGGUGCCAGGUCCAGCUAGGGUUAACUUUUUUUUUUUUUUUUUUAAAUAUAUAAACAUAGCAGUUUCAGAGAAACUGCUAUGUUUGUUAGGGUUAAUCCAGCCUCCAGUGGCUGUCUCUUGACAGCUACUAGAGGCGCUUGUGUGCUUCUCACUGUGAAAAUUGUGAAUGCUUUCGUAUGGACUGGCUGAAUGCGCGUGCAGCUCCUGCCGCGCAUGCGCAUUCAGCAGGAGAGGAGGAGAGCUCCCCACCCGGCGCUGAAAAAAAAAGUAAGUUUAACCCCUUCCUCUCCAUCCAGCCCAGCGGGAGGGGGUCCUUGAGGGUGGGGGCACCCUCAGGGUACUACAGUGCCAGGAAAAGUGAAGGUGAGCAGUUUUUGUAGAUGUACAAAGUGUUUUGUUGUCAUUACUCAUUUAUGCAUGUACAACUUGUAAGGGAAACAUACGUAACAGAGCUCUUCCUAAUCCUCUGAACUGAAUUUAGAGAAAACUACCAUGAGCCUUUAAUAAGAUCAGUAGAUGGGAAAGCCAGAGGCUGAAAAUAGUCAGUCUAUAUUGAGGAAAGGUUUUAUACUUGUGGGGAAAAAAGUGUCACUGUUUCACUUUUGGAAUGUAUAGAUUUUUUUUUUUUUUUUUGACACAUUUUUACAUUCUAUCCAUUAUAGUUUAUAUUAUCAAAAAAUUUUGUGGAUAGUCCUAUAGGGUUUGAUACAUUACGAAGUAUAGACUCUUGGCUGGAAUUUAAGUGUGUGUGUGUGUGUGUGUGUGUGUGUAUGUGUGUAAUAUCUCACUUUACAAUAUUAUGAGAGGGGGGAUUCAUAGGCGUGCGCAGCCUAUUGCAUUAGGGUGUGCACCCUAAAGCACAAACACACGCCACGCGCGUGUGUGUGUAUAUAUCUAUCUAUAUAUAUAUAUAUACACACACACACUGCUGUGUGUGCUGUUAUUGUGAUGUGUGUGUGAGGGUGCGUGUUUGUGACUGUGCUGUUUGUGUGUGUAUGUUUGUCCUGUGAGGGUGCUGUUUGUGAGGGUGCUGUUAGUGUGCUGUGUGUGAGGGUGUUGUGUUUUUUUUAAAAGGUGCUGUGUGUGUUUGUGAGGGUGCGGUUAGUGUACUGUGUGUGUGUGAGCUGUAUGUGUGUAGGUGCUGUAUGUGUGUGUGCUGUAUGUUUGGAGGGAUUUGGCAGAUUAGUAAAUCCUUGCUGCCAUGUGCCAUCCCUGGUGGUCUAGUGGAGAGUGAACUCUAGCCUGCGGGGCUAGAGUUAACUCUCACGAGAUCUGAGCGUUGCCGCAGCAACGCUCAGAUAUCGCGAGAGGAACCUGGCGGAGCUUCUGUCUAGAGCUGCCUGGGUCCUCUACUGCCUCCCUCCAUGCUGCUGUGGGCCGGUGAGGUAGAUCUUUGGUCUCCCCGCCGGCCCAUGAAGGCUUAGAGCAGAGCCGGCACUCAGAUAGCGCCGAUUCUGCGUGUGUGUAUAUAUAUAUAUAUAUAUAUAUAUAUAAUAUACACACACACACACUCACAGACACACACACACAUACAUACUCACACACACACACACAUACAUACUCACACACACACUCACAGAGACACACACACACAUACUCACAGACACACACACACUCACAGACACACACACACAUACACAAAUUAUUAUAUUUUAAUUUUUAAAAAAAAUGUCCACCCAGCCUCCUACCUGGAGUGCUGGUGGACUUUUCCCUGGGGUCCAGUGGGGGCGGGCGCCUCUCUGCAGCUCAGCGCGCGGCGAGGGAGCUCUCUGCUGUCUGCUCUCUACUCCCUCUCGCCGCGCGGGCUGUCUGCUGAUGCCGGGAGCCGGAAUAUGACGUCAUAUUCCGGCUCCCGGCAUCAGCGCGCGGCGAGAGGGAGCAGAGAGCAGACAGCUCCCUCGCCGCGCGCUGAAGGGGGGUGGGGGAAUCCAUCACCUCUUGCCCUCCCCAUGACAGGGGCAAGAGGUGAAACAGGGGGCACUGAGUGCCUGCAGGAACGCUGUUCCUGCAGGACUCAAACCAUAGGCGUGCCACGGGGAUUAGGGUGUGCCCAGGCACACCCGGCACACCCCGUGCGCACGCCUAUGGGGGGAUUUAACUAUAAAUAGGACAAUUACAAGAAAACUUACAGGAACGAAAGGUUGAAGAGGACCCUGCUCAAACGAGCUUACAGUGUAUGUAUAUGUGUGUGUAUAAUUUUUUUUUAAAUUUUUUUUUUUUUUUUUUUUUUUUACAAUGUUAAACAAAAAUCUGCACACCAGUCAAGCCAUAAGACUUGCUUUCCCCACAGAAAUCCCAAAUCUGCAGUGAUGUUAAAACCGCUAUAUUAUAGCAUUUCACUCAAUAUGUUGCUAAGUGUAACAUCUAGCAUUCUAAUAGGUGUCUCUUAUUUUUAAGGCUGCAAAAGGUGUUUUGCUCUUUUUCAGGAAAAUAGAUGUAAUGCACACACUUUUGAGCCCAGCAAUGUUAUCUACAGUACUUUUAAUAGACAGCAGUACAAUUAUCAACAGACUGUGUUGCUAAUGUUACGUAACAUUAUUUAUGUGCUGUAAUUUUUUUUUUUUUUUUAAUUCUUUAUUUUGGUGGUGCAUAAUAUAGACAUGGUUGGUACAUGGCAAAUAUGUAAGAUGCAGGUAUACAGAGUAGUUUUACAAGAGCAUUACUAUGCUGUGGCACCAAUUUUUAAUUUUUUUCCUUAAUGCAACAAGGUUCAACUUUCGGGAUGUGUCUGAGAGGGGCGACUGGAUAAGGGGGUAGUUGUAUGGGUGGGAGCUCUCAGGUGUUCCCGAGCUUUAGGUAUUAAUAUGCUCGAGAUACUGUAUCUAGUGGGCUAGAAUGGGGUCAGCAUAUUUUAGCUCACGGAGGAUUGUACGUGUUCACCCCGGGCAUAUUCUAAAGAUUGUUUGGUGGCCUGAGAUUGGGAAUAUCAGGUGUGCAGUAGUGGUGUUAGAUCGCCCCACUUAUGGGGUUGUACCUCCGUUUCUAUAAAGUACCCCUAACCUAAGGGGGUAGCGGGGGGGCUGAGAAGUCAGGAGGCUUCAGGCUACGGCCCAAUUCACUAUUAGUCGUCUCCAAUUGCUAUGCAUUCUACACAAACAUGGUAUAUAUGUAAGAAUAGAGGAGAGAGAAGUGAGAAAACAAAUUUAAACAAUUUAUCAACAGUUCUCUAUGUCCGGACUCGGGUGCGUUCAGGUGGUAGUAGCUUGCGAGGUGUCGUUCCUUGGGACGAAGGGGGUGAUGCGGUCUAGGUCCCAGUUUCCAGCGGCAGUGUUAGAGUGCUGUCCCCUGUUCUGCCCUACCAGUCCCAGAGCUUUCAUGAGCGCUGGUGCCCCUUCUACAGAGGUGAUGGUGUGGUUAGUUCCAUUGUGGGGUACGAUCAGGGACCCCGGGGCUCCCCAGCGGUAGAUGAUGUUUGCGUUUCUCAAUUGUGAGGUGACAGUUCCCAUUGAUUUGCGCCAGAGUAGUGUGCUUUUGGUGAGAUCUUGAAAAAAAGACAAGGAGGAACCCUCAAAGGUCAGAGGCGUUUUGUUUCUCAAGGCUGUCAUUAUUCGGGUUUUGUCUUGGAAGGUUAGGCAUCUAAGGAUGACGUCCCUUGCCACACCGGGUGUCAACUUGGCAGAGCUAUUGAUGCGAUGCACCCCAUCUAUGAUUAUCGUUUUGGCGGUAGCGUGGGGUAAUAUGGUGGAUAGUAACCUGCGGAGAUAGUGUGGGAGCUCCUCAGCUGUAACUUCAUCAGGGAUUCCACGUAUUUUUAUGUGAUUUCGGCGCUGUUUGUCUUCUAGGGCCGUGAGUUGCAGGGAGAAGUGUGAAUGAUGUUCUUGUAGUUGGUGCACUGUCUCUUUAAUAGUUUUUAUGUCUGAUCUGGCGUCAAGGAUAUCCUCCUCAGCGGUUUGCACCCGGUCUGUGAUAGUUUGUAUGUCGUUUCUCAACAGUUUUAGGUCUGCUGCCCAUAAUCUGUGUAUGUCAGCAAGCAGGUUUUUCAAGUCAUUUUUGGUGGUGGGGGCCGACCCGUCAGAGGUCUCAAUGGAGUUUAUGAGACUUGCCUGUGUGAGUAGCGUGGGUUCUUUCUCCCUCUGCGCCAGGGUGCUCGCCCCUUGAUCCUCUGUGCGGAGCGUUUUGGGUUGUGUAGGUUGCCUCAGCAUGUCUCCUAUGUCCCUGCCGUCUGCCGUGGAGUUCAGUUUUUGUGACCGGCGUCCCAUUGCAGGCAUGGAGUUUUGGGUGGCGUGAGGCUCGGUGCCUGGCGGGCUCAGAGUGUAGCUACCGCGCAGGAGAGCGUCCAGGCCCGGGAUCGUCGGCGCGUAGUAGGCCGCAGACCUGCGCCGCGGCUUGGAGUGUUUCGCCGUGUAUAAAAACGGCAUCUAUCGGUGCGGCUCCGGUUAGGCAGGUCCGCUGGAGCGUUUUUGUGGUCAGAUGGGGCUUUGUUGGUCGGAUAUUGGCGGGUUUCUAGUCGUUUUUGGAGGAGCGUUCAAGAAUGGCGUCUGGUCUGGUCGGUUAGCAGGCCCCGCCUAUGUGCUGUAAUUUUAAUUGUUUUUUGUUUGGUUUUUUCACCAUCAGUUUCGCAGAAUUGUAUUUCAUAAGUGAUUUGUAAACUUGUUUGAAUAGGGCCCUUUUCACUUCUGUCAACAUUAGUUUUGAUUGUCGACUACUUGUUGGUAUGUAUCUCCAUUAUACAAUUCUAAAGCUUUGUAGAAUAAGUUGGUACCAUAUAAAGGCAAAUUGUGAUAAUAAUGUGAUGAGUGGCUAUUUCAUGCAGGUAUAAUGAGUUAAGGAAGAUGUUUUUAACUUGGCUUUCCCGUGGCAUAGAGUAGUGGGUGCAUGCCUGGAAUAUUUUGGUCUGCUUCCCAGUUUCAGUAUUGGGACCCGAAACUGAUCCCAAGGUUAUGUAAAGUUGAUAAGUCCAGCGGCAUUAUGCACCUAAUCAGGUUCUCUUUGACUGAAGUAAUGUGUGUAGGCAGUUGAAAACUAUUAAGCAGUGUGUUUAUUUUAAAUGUUUCAUGCUAAGAUGUUACAUUUGCUGUGUGCAGCAGUUCCUACUAUUUAAGAAUAUAUAUAUAUAUAUAUAUUAUUUUAAUGUUUUCUGCAUUUUUAUUUUAAAAUAAAACACAUGGCUUCCUUAAAAAUAUGGAGUUAAAUGUUUACAAAGACAACAGGACAUGCAAAUGGACACUAUAGUCACCUCAACAACUACAGCAUAAUGUAGUUGUUCUGGUGUAUAUAACUGUCCCUGUAUGUUUUUUUUUUUUAAUGUAAACACUGUCUUUUUCAGUGAAAAAGCAGUGUUUACAUUGCUCCCUAAGGACCCCUCUAGUGGCCACUUCUCAGACAGAUAUGCGCGGCGCUGGAAUAAAGGUGAGCAAAAUAUAUAUAUUUUUUUUAAGGGGAAUAAAGGGGGCAGGCACCUAUAUGUUAAUCGAAAACAGGGAUGCACAUUUAUGUGCCUGACAACUGUCACCUCAAGCACAUGAGAUUUAUUUUUUAUGUAAUGAUUUAAAAAUGUAAAAGCUGUUUUAAAAUAAAUUACAUGAGAAACUCACGCCUACCAUUAGUACCUACAGCGUCCUUUAGCUAUAUACAUGCACCUGGGGUGAGAGGCAACCUUCAGCACUCCAGAUGUUGUGGACUUUAUCUCACAUUAUGCUCUUACAACCGUAAUGCUGGCAAAGCAUCAGGAGAGAUUUAGACCACAACAUCUAGAGUGCUGAAUGUUGCUUACCCCUGUUCUAUGGUCUUCUUUGCUUCUGUACAGGCAGUGAACCAGUGGAGACCACAGGGAAUUGUUCCUAACCUUUUUUUUUUUUUUUAAAUGUUUUUUUUUUAAUUUUCAUAAUUAAUAAAUAUAUAUAUUUUUUUUAAUGCAUUCAAUCAACAUUUCAAUGAUAUUCCAAUGCAAAAUAAGUUAAGUACAGAAAAAUAUAAAACCCCUUCAGUGACUUGCAUGUAUCCAGCGCCGAUGUCCCUCGGCGCUGGUUCAGGGUCCGCCCAUACUUCUCCCCCCGCCGACGUCAUCCGGCAGGGGAGACCUAUUGCGCAUGCGCGGCAAUGCCCUCUUGUGGCUGUCUAGUAGACCGCCACUAGAGGAGGAGUUAACCCUGCAAUGUAAAUAUUUACAGUUGCAGGGUUAAGGGUAGUGGGAGUUGGCACACAGACCACUCUAAUGGGUAGAAGUGGUCUAGGUGCCUGGAGUGUCCCUUUUAAAGGUACACUAUAGUCACCUUAACAACUACAGCUUAAUGUAGUUGUUCUGGUAUCUAUAGCCUGUCCCUGCAAGCUUUUUAAUGUAAACACUGCAUUACAUUGCUCGCUAGUUGCACCUUUAGUGGCAGUCAAUAUAACACCCUCCCCACCCCAAAAAAUACAAUUCUCAUCACUAGUUGGACAUUUUUAGCUCUGGUGAAUGUAGAAAUUCUCCCCUGCUGGCUAAUUGCUCUAGAUUUUACAUUUUUAAGCCCUGUUUGUAUGUGUGGCAGAGUGAAAAUUUUGAGCCGUGUGUGUGUCACCUUUGAUAUGGUUUGAAGGCACAAAAAAAACACCUUAAAGAGAGCGAGACUGUUCAAUAUAUCUCUAUCUAGACAGCAAUUGAUCAAGGUUAUGAUAAGACACCUAUAUAAGAGCUGUGUAUUGAAUUCAAGGAAUGUUUUAUGUUUCCAUUGUUUUUAUAUUGAGACAGUAGAUGUGGCGAAUACAAUAGCACUGUUCUGCAUAUGUUUUGAAGAGACUAUUUGUGGCAUACUUCACCAAUGUGAAUCCCAAUAUUGAUUGCCUGCUUAAUUAUGGGUUAUUUUUUUUUUUUUUUGGUCUUGUGCAUAGGUACUUGAUGUAAUCUAUAUUUCUGUAUGUAACUUGUAUAAGGAGUAUUUUUCAAUGAGAGAGUGCACCUAGGAACCAGAGCACCUGCAGCUAUUGACUUAAAAUAUUUCUCCUUUAUCUUUUUGAUCCUUGCUGCUUUUAGAAUAAGCCAAUUGUAGCUCUUGUGGUUUUAUUUUUUUGGGCUUGUACAUGUGUCCAAAAGACAAUUGUUCUUUCAAGCUGGAAGAACUAAGUAGUACCAUUCCUGAUUUUAUGUAUUAAAUUACUUUACGGGUUACUGCUCACUGUGCAACUGUUGAUAGAAGUUAAUACAUAAUCCAAUAAAUCUCAACCACUACCUAGUAUUUGCUGGUUUCACUGCAGCGAGAACAGAUCCUGCUGGGCAAAGUGAGUUUCAGUAAUCCUGUGAUCUGAAACGUAACUACAAUUCAGUACAUCAGUGAAAAAUUUCUUUGGCCUGCUUGAAUUAUGUUGAUAGUUCAUAUCGGACCACACUGUAGACUGGCUAUCUUUCAAGGGGGAACAGCAAUAUGUAAAAACUUUCUCUUGUGCAAAAUGCUGACCGUGGCAAUUUAUGAGAAAAUAUUUCCUGACAAACCAUGUGGAAUUUCACCUGGUCUUGCAACAGUUUCUGCUGUAGCUAUCUGCUGAAAUAGAGCAACACUGUUAAAUAUCGCAUCUAGCAAAGAAAUGUCUGAAACAUCUUUUCAAUAAAGAUUUGGCUCCAAGGUAAAAGGCAACUUUAGCAGGCUUUUUGUUAUUGCAAGUAGCAUUGUAUAUAAAGUUGUCAUAUAUACAUGGUGCUUAUAAAAUCUGCACUCUCACAAACCUUGUACUAUGAGGACCUGCCAGACUUAUGGUCCCUAGGGUCCUACAUUGCCAGCAUUCAUCAACAUUGGAAGGGUUACUCCGGCAAACUGUUAUACAUGUAUAUACACUUUUAACAUAUUCCUAAAGGGGCAGCUUUAUGUUUUGUUUAUAAUUUAGAUUUUCUUUUUACAUUGUGUGCAAAUGUUUUUUUCAUAGGAAUGCAGCCACUUUGUGGUUCUAUUACAAACUCAAAGGGUCUUAUGUCUUAUAGAGUUUUUGUUUUGUUUUUUCCUUUUCUUCAUGUCUGAUGCAAUUACACUGUUUCUUUUGUCCUACUUAUCAAAUGCUCUCUGAAUGUACAACGUUUGUGUAACCAAUUCUUAGUAUACAGCUUCCAGUAAAGUAUGAAACCGAUUUGAAAUUAUCCUUGGAGAUACUCUUAGUCUUUCCCUAAUUAUCAGAUAAUUUGUUAAUUAUAGAUGUUUGUGGACCCAAUAAGCAAUUUCUCUUUUAUUCAAUAUGUUCCUUUAAAUAGUUAUUUUUUUUUUCAUGCAUAAGUUACUGUGCAAAGUUUCCCCUGACCACCCUCUUUAAAGGAAAACUUCCACUUGUCAGAAAAUGUUCACUAUUACGUUUACUUAUCCCCUCUAUUUAACAAGCAAUAUAUUUGUGAGGUGUGAAAAUACAAUGAAAUUAUCACUUUGGGCACCAGCACAGCUGCAUUUGAUUGGUCUUGGCAUCAUUGUCUUGCUGUAUAGUUCUUUUUCUUUUUUUCUGUGUUUAAAUCUUUAGUUUAAAUUUUUUUUUUAUUUUUUUUAAAUCUUUCUGUGGUAUAACCCAGCACCUUAGCCAUGGCUCCUCUUUAAAAAUAAUAACUUUUAAAAGGCACCAUGUCAUUCCACAAAAAUCUAUGCUCAUAAGAUUGAGGAUAAAAUUCUAUCUAUACAUUCUUCUAAUGAUUUUGCUAGCAAAUGUAUAGAUUAAGCGAAAAACCUGAUAUAGAUCCAAUGUGAUCUUUGGUAUAUUCAAGGGAGCUCAAAUUUAUUGUUUCAAUUGCACUUGGAGAAGCAUGAAUUCAGACACCUGUUGUCAUUCAAAAUAAGCCUCUGACCUUUAUUUUGUCAGUUGUUUUUAUACAUUAAAAAGUAAGUGCUUAUGUGCAAAUACUCAUAGGACAGUAGUAGGAAAGGAGUGAAAGGAGUACAGAUAAGACAUAGGGAUGAACGUCAUGUACAUAUAACAGAUAAGUUCAGAGAAAGAACAGACUGAUUUAGUAGAGACCGCUCAGGUGGGGACUAUCUGCUCCAGGAACUAGACAUAUAUGGUCUUAAGUGUCGUAUUAAGCAUUUCCUGAGUCCAAGUUAUCCAAUUUUAAUAUAGGAUAUCUAAUAUGACCCCUAUAAGCUUGAACCUUGGAAUCAAAGUAAAUUCUUUCACAAACCUAAACAUAGAUUUUUCUCCCAGCUGUCAGUUAAUGCCAUGACAUUGACUGAGAGAGCAGAAAAGACCUCCCACAGAAGGUCUCUCAUCUCUCCUCCCAAAAGAAACCACAGAGCACACUUCUAGCACCAGCCAGGAGUAUCAGAGUGGCGUGACAUCACUCUGUUCCAGCACUCUGGCACCAAUGCUUACCAAGCAGGGCAAAUGAAAGAAGAACAGAGGAGAAGCGGUGGGUGGUCUGGAGAUGGAUGUUGCACAAAGAGGAACACCCACAAAUCUGCACUGGAAUGGAGGAAAAGUGAUUAAAGGACCACUAUAGUGCCAGGAAAACAUACUCGGACUCUCCUCCCUCUUCUGAUGUCCCAGGCUGAAUGCGCAUGCACGGCAAAAGCCGCGCACAUUCAGCCCGUCCAUAGGAAAGCAUUCUCAAUGCUUUUCUAUGGACGCUGGCGUCUUCUCACUGAAAAUCACAGUGAGAAGCACCUCUAGCGGCUGUCAAUGAGACGGCCACUAGAGUCUGGAUUAACCCUAAUGUAAACACAGCAGUUUCUCUGAAACUAUGUUUACAGCAAAAACCUAGCUGGACCUGGCACCCAGACCACUUAAUUAAGCUGAAGUGGUCUGGGUGCCUAUAGUGGUCCUUUAAACCUUUCUUUUACAUUGAACACACAAUAUACUUUUUUUUUUUUUUUCUUGAAAAAUCUUUUUACUCAUCUACAAAAGCGAGUGGGGAAAAAAACCUGCUAAAUAGAUUCAAAAUUUUGUCCGGAGUUUAAAAAUACCCAGUGUUUACAUGCUUUUUUGCUUUUAUUUAUUUUUUUGCAAGUUAUAGGGCUAUAGGUACAAGUAGGAUAUUAGGUUUCAAAACAUUAAUUUUUAAAAUGUAUCAAUAGUGACAUUGUAACACUAUCUGUCAUAAAUCUCUGAAUAACACUUCACAUGUACAUAUUUUUUUUUAUUUUUAUUUUUUUUAGUAGACAACCCGGGGUAUUCAAUAUGGGGUAUGUCUAGUCUUUUUUUAGUAGCCACUUAGUCGAAAACACUGGCCAAAGUUAGCGUUCAUAUUUGUUUGUGUGUAGAGAAAAAAGUAAACUAAAUUGAAUGCUAAUUUUGGCCAGUGUUUGUGACUAAGUGGUUACUAAAAAAGACUGGACAUACCACGUUUGCAAUACCUUGGGUUGUCUUCUUUUGCAAAUGGUAUGCCAUCAUGGUGGUAAUUCUCAUUCCUGGGCUACCAUACACUCUCAAAGGCAACGUAACCAACCUGGCCUUUUUCAAUGUAAAAAUAUUUGACCCUGUAACUUUCAAAAACGAUAUAAAACCUGUACAUGGGGGGUACUCAGGAGACUUUGCUGAACACAUAUUAGUGUUACAAAACAGGAAAAUGCAUCACAACAAUUAUAUCAUCAGUAAAAGUGCUGUUUGUGUGUGAGAAAUGCAAAAAAAGUCACUUUCACUGACUAUCAUCGCUGUGAUAUGUUUUACUGUUUUGAAUCACUAAUAUUUGUGUUCAGCGAAGUCUCCUUAGUAGAACAGUAACCACCAUGUACAGGUUUUAGGGUGUCACAAAUUACAUUCUCUGGACUUUCGGCCUGGGUUGGCAGGCAGGUCCCUCAAAUUGCAAUCAAUAAAAUUACUUAAUUAUGUAAAAAUAAUGGGGGUUUAGUUACAUUAUAUGAUCAUACAUUGCAUAAGCCUGCCACAAGGUCAAUGUACCCCAUCUUUGGCAGGUCCUGCACUAACAGCCUAAUGUCUGCUCUUAUGAGAUUAACCCACUUACUAGAGGGGAAAAAAAUCCAUCUGGGGCUCUCUGCAGCACCCCUCCCUCUCUCUCUCUCUCUCUCUCCCCCCUCUCUCUCUCCCCCUCUCUCUCUUCCUCUCUCUCUCUCUCUCCCCCCUCUCUCUCUCUCUCUCCCUCUCUCUCUCUCUCUCUCUCCCCCUCUCUCUCCUCCCCCCCCUCUCUUAAUCGAUCACAGGGGUCCUAAUCCGCCAUGGGGAGACUGACUAGGCUGCAGGCAGUCUCCCCACACCAGGAGCAACGCCAAUCGCCGCCUGGGGAACGACGACGAUCGGGUAAGUACAUUGCACCAUUAGGACGGUUCAGUACUAGUCGGCAAUGCAAAAAUGCCGAGGAUGGUCCUCUGUACUGAAGGGGUUAAAACUAGAUUUGUUUCAUUGUGGUGGUUGAUUUUAGUAACCACUUUUGAAACCUCUUUUUUGUUUACUUUUGUAAUUUGUCUUGAAUCUCAUGUGAUUGCAAGAAUCAUGUGCCUUUCAUGUUCAUCCCUAGCAUGAGUAGAAGGGAGCUUUGGACCAUGUGUCAGUCACAUGUGAACAUUUCUGACCGUAAAUAUAUAUUUUAGUCUUUUUGAAAGACGCAAACAUUUUGAACCCUAAUGCUGCAUAAGUGGUUUCAUUCUUAUGUAAGACUCUACGGGGGACCUAGUUAAGGACAUAUCUUUUGUUUGCAUAUAACAGUGAGUCUCACUAAGAGUUGUAUUGAUCAUAUUUUAAUUUUUUUUUUUUAAAUGAAAUUCCUAAUUAUCUCUUGGUCUUUAAAGGACCACUAUAGUGCCAGGAAAAAAACUCCGGAUGUCAUCGGCUGAAUGCGCAUGCGCGGCAAGAGCCCAGCGUGCAUUCAGUCAGUCCAUAGGAAAUCAUUCUCAAUGCUUUCCUAUGGACACUAGCGUCUUCUCACUGUGAAAAUCACAGUGAGAAGCGCAAAUGCGCCUCUAGCGGCUGUCAAUGAGACAGCCAGUAGAGGCUGGAUUAACCCUAAUGUAAACAUAGCAGUUUCUCUGUAACUGCUAUGUUUACAGCUGGCAGGGUUAACCUGGCACCCAGACCACUUCAUUGAGCUGAAGUGGUCUGGGUGCCUAUAGUGGUCCUUUAAGCUUUGGUGCCCUGGUUAGCCAUGAAAUGUUGCUUAAGCACAGAUCCAGAAAACAAAGCAGCUUGAUUAUGUUGGAUAUUGCAGAUCUGGGAUUUCUUUAAAUAACAUGUAGUGGUUGGUUUUAUAUAGUAGGGGGGAAAAAGCCCUUUUGUUUAUUCCAGGAAAUCCUAAUUAUUUUCUUCAAUAUAAUAAACCACAGUUGUACAAAGUCAAAGGACUUUUUUGCUUUGGGAUGCAAGAAUGUGGCCAAGCUAGCAGCUAGUGUACAUUAUAUGCUUCAUGCUUCCUGCAUGGUGAAGAGACUGCUUGCUUGUUCUUUAAAUGAUUCAGGCAGUCGCAUGGUCAUCACUUUCAAAUUGCAAUAGCCAUACUGUGUUGUUGUUUUUUUUAUUUUAUUUUUUUUUAUGUUGAAUAAUGUUCUGAUACAGAAAUGUUUAAGUCAACUUGUCCUUGGGACACACACUCCAUCCCAGCAAACAGCAUGGCCAAACUCUUGAUGGAGUCUGGUGUAGAAUGCUGGUGCUUUAGUAAUGAGACUUGGUCUUGAACAGAGUGAUCAUACACUGCCCCCAACCAUCCAGCCUCUUCAGACAUAAUAAAGGGCCUGAUGUGUACUAGGCCAUCAGGCCGUCCCUGAUGUGUACUAGGCCACCUGAAACACAGUGGUGGUGUGCCUCCGACCUGGACCAUGCAUUUCUAUUUCACAUCUGCUCAAGUUGGGAAGAAUUGCUGCAGGCCACAAAUUUAAUUUAGAGGGCCAAAUAUUUCCAGCGGGCUGUAAUUUGAGACACCUGCUCUAAAAGCUUCAGGCAUAGAGAGCACUGAGAGUUGUAGGCCAACCACAUCUGAAGGGUGCAGUUUGAUACCCCUUAUUUAAAGAAUUGUUACAUUUCUUGGGCUCUGACAUAUUUAUUUCAUAUAAUUCUGUAUCCCUCUUGGAUUCAUGUGACAAAUGCACUAAAGUAUCAUUACCCAUUUAGAAUUAACUGUGAUACACUUAGAAAGUAUAAGGACUGUGAUCACUUUCCAGCUUGUGUUUUGCUGGUACAGAUUAUGAUUUGCUUUUUUGGUAAUAGUAUCUUAUUACAUUUUACUCCAAAAAAACAAAAAACUAAUCUGGACUAUAAAGGAUAAAAAUGAAUCCAUAUGGAAAUAUAUGCAUUUAAAAAAAAAAAAAAGCUUCUUUAAUUGUGAUGGAGAACUUAACCAGAGAUCCUCUCCCCAGCCCCCUCCCUUCAGUGCCUCGUCAGCAAAAAUGAGAACAAAAGCAGAUCACGCUUGGGUACUGAAGCAAGUUUGACUUCUUAACCACAUCCUGAAAUUAUAUCCCUGAAAAAAUCUUUGUUGCGUAUAUAUGUGGCUAGUUUGCUUUGUGAAUCUAAACAUGUACAUUGCAUUUCCUGACUCCAAAGAUUGAAUGGUUUACUAGAACUCGUGUUUUUGCUAAGUUCUGUUGCAGCUGUAUUGCAAUUUGUCGCUUACUUUAACAAAGAUUUGAUAUGGCAGUCAUGUUCCUUGAUUGCAGUGACUUGAUACUGUUUAUUAGCACCCCAAACCCAUUCUUUUUAUGAGUAACUUUUGGCACCAUAACUGCUGUGGACUAUUUUCCCAGAAUUCUUGCCCGUUAGCUGUCCUGGAAUAUAAAAUGUGGCAUAGAAUAGUGCUUAUUGCUUCAGUAGAAGUACUGGAAAAAUCAAACUAGUACCCCAUCUCAAAAAAGUAUUUCCUGAAAAAGGUAAUCCAAAUUUAUAUUUAACAUAAGUCUAUUUCUAUUACUUCUGUUACGGUUUUGAAAUUGAGAAAUGGGUUGGAAUUUUAGCAUACUGCGUUUUUUUGUUUUUUUUUGUUUGUUUUUUUUUCUUCCCUAUUCCCCUUUGGGAGUGCAGAGGUGACUAGUGUGUGAGUGGAGAGAUGCUAGAGCCAGUGUGUAUGCCAUUGCAAGCUAUUAAAGACAGUGUGAGUAUAGAGAUCUUUAGAGACAUUGUGGAUACAGGAGUGAUGGAGAGAAAGGAUAGUCGUGCUAAAAAGUACCAGGUCUAGAAUGGUUAUUGUAUAGUACCUGCAAUAGUCCUUGCAAUAGGAAUGUAGGCACGGUCAGUGAGCACACUCUUUUAGGGAUCCCUUACUCACUGCACUCCCAUUCUUUAAUUCAGACUGCCAUGGGAGGAGGUCAUGUCAAAUCCACCCUGCGCUGUCAGUUUGGAUCCAUAACACAAGGAAGCCAGAGGACAUGGACAGUCUGUUACUUUGCAGCUAGCUGUUCAUAGCAACAUAGAAAAGAGCACUUUUUAUCGCUUGUGAUUGGCUGCAAUGUGUACCCCUUAUCUGUGUAGAUGCACCUCCAAGAGUAUGCGUAUCAUAGGUAGAAACACGGGGAUCUAAAACACAGUGCAUCGUUGGCCAUACACUCCUAUAAAUGUUGGUAGAACUUUUUAGUAUUCAGUUCUAUUGUUACAAAAUUGUUUUGUUUUGGUUAAGGUACAAUAUUUAAUUUGUUCAAAAAUGAAUUUGUGCUGUUUUGUCCGAAUCAGAUUCCUUUUGAAACCACAAUCAAAUUGAUCCUUCCAGGAUUUACCUGUGAUGUCUUUCUCAAUGAAUAAGACAACACCGGUAAAUCUCAAGCCAGAUUAAUUUGUUUUUGUGUGAAUGAAAAGGAAUUGGAUUUGGACAAGGAAUUCUGUAUUUGUUUACAAUUUACACAAUCAAGUCCAUUGGAUUGCAUGCUAUUUUGUAAUGGGUUUUUUUUGUGUGCUGUCAGAUUUGGCCAUUUUUGGUUUGAGCCCCAUAGUACAGUGCUACGGAAUUUGAUGGUGCUAUAUCAAUACUGUAAUAUAAGAUGCUCAGUGUAAGGCUUUAUAUCUUUUUACAGCACCAUCCAGCAGUCUCCCAAGUAUGUAUUCUGUUGCACACUUUAUCCCAAAUGGCAUUGUGAUUAAACUUCCCUCUGUAUUUGGGACUUUUACUUUUUAUUGGUUCGGUAGUUCAAACUACUGAACACGGACCACCCUCCUGGCUCAUUAACUUCAAAGAGAACAGUGAAUUAAGUGCUCUCACUGUGAGGUCGCCAUUUGUAUAGUCGAACACCACGUGCCAGAGAAAACGGCUGCCAUCUUGUUCGCACGAAAGGAGGCAGCGGAACCUGGUCGUUGAGUGUUUGACCUAAAAUCGGACACUCGACUUCCCGAACACCGGUCAGACUAUACGAACGCCUGCUUCCUUUUCGAGAACAGCCUGGAGAGCGCUGUUCGGUAGUUUUGUUCCCACGAACUAGGGGAACAAAGCUGCUAUGUGCCAGGGGGUACUGUUCGAGCAUUUGUUCGGUUUCAAGACUUUCCAAAAUAGACAGAGCACACAACCAUAACUCAUGGAACUAUUUCUGGGCAGGAGCCUUGUGUGCGGUCGGUCAAAUUAAGACCUCAAUAAAAUUCCAAAACCGCUGAACUGAUCUGGGUGAUUUUUUUUGAUAUGUUGGUCACCCAGAUCAGGGCUAUGAAGGGAUAUAACAUUUAUGGGGGAUUUGUUUUGGGGUACUUUUUAAGUUUUUUUUUUUAAUGAAAAAUUAGUCUUUUCUGCCUUGAGAUAAUUGAGUUAUUACCGUAUCUGACUCCAUUAUCUCCCAGGCAGAGAAGAGGGGUUGUAUGAUGUGUAGGGGAGUGUCAUACUUUGUAACCGUGUUAUUAUUGGUUGUUAACUUUUGUGUUGCAGUCCCCAACAAGGUCCAUGUGGGAGUGCCUUUUGCAAGGGGGCUUGCAUAAAAGCCAGUGUGUCACCAUUAAACUUCAUUCGUGUUGUACCCUUCAUCUAGUCUAGGCUGAUGUUUGGGUAACUGUUUACUUGCUGGGUGCUGCAUUCGCCUGGAACCAUUCUAAUCUACACCCGAACUGCGAGCAAUAAUCACUUGGGCUUCAACAGUUCAGGAGAAAAUACGCGAACGCGUAUCUAUAAAUACCAGUGUUUGUAACAGGGAUAUAUUAGGCCUAAGACUUAUUAAAAAAAAAAAAAUAUAUAUAUAUAUAUAUAUAUCUCUAUCUCUAAUCUUUUGGAAUUGUGCAUUGUUUUACAAAAGCAGGAUUUGUUUCCAGUAUGUAUUUGCAGCUAUUAAACAAGUGCCUGGUAAAAUCCUUGUUGUUCCAUUUCUUCCUCUUUUAGAAGAAAAAAGUAUAGACCUAUUAAAAGCCCAUCUAACAUUCCGAUAUUGGAAGUGAAGAACUACAAUGACUCUCUCCUAAACUAGAUUAUUUACAAUGUGGCAAACAAUGCAUUAGUUUUCCAAAAUGUUCAUUUGUGAAAAGUCCUGCCAUUUACCAUUUUCUCUGUAACAACAAAAAAAAACAAAAAAAACAAAACAAAAAAAAACCACUUUCUGUAAAUCUCAGAUUCCACAUAAAAAAAUCUAAUCUAAAUUAACAAAUACAUCCAUGGCAUGUUCGAUUAAAAAUUCUAUGUAAUGUAAAGGCUGUUCCUGCCGUAUUUAAAAAAAAAAAAAAAAAGCUUCUGUGCCUAUUUUAUAAUGGAUUCAAUAAAUCCCUUUAUUUAGAUGUUUUAUGACCUAUUCCCCUUUUUUUUUUUCUUUUUUUUUAUUUUCUCGUUCCCUCUUUUCUUCUCUGCUGUUUGUUAGUGUGUCCCUUCCCUGAACUCUGUUUGCUUGUCCUUACCAUCUUUUACCUGAAAGUUCAGUAAUUUGGGCAGGAUUACGUUUUUAAAAGCUGCUUUUUCCCUGCUGUAAUUUUAAAUUUGUUUUAUUUUUAUUUAUUUAUUUGAGGGGGGGGAGGGGGGGUGUAUCCAUGUUCACAAGGUAAAAGCUCUUUUGUAACAGUCUCCAGGUGCAAAGGUCACAAAUUAAAAUCUCUGAAAAGGCCUGCAGAAAUUAAAAGGAAACUGACCAUUAGUGGUGUGUUUUAAACUUGAAGGAUGAAAGACAGGUCAGGGGGUGGAAAAAGCACAAAGCACAACAGUUACAGGACUUGUGGGAUCUGGCUGGAAAAAAAACAGUCCAUGAGUUAAGGGCCAAAUAAAGGAUCAAAGUUAGUCCUCUGACUACCUGCAAUUAUGCUUGUGGUGUUCAGAUUAGAAAACUUCAAACAGGUUUUUUUUUGUUUUUUUGUUUUUACAUUUUGGUUAUUUAAGCAGUUCACUUUGUUUAACUGCUAUGUUGCCAGAUGUCUGUCUGUGUGUUCUGUUUGACAUAAAAUGGUUUAUUCGGAAUCUGACCAGCACUUUCAGUGGUUUUGUCUCUCUUCCUAUCUGAGUUAAAGGCAAUAUUGUCAUUGGGUUACCGGCUGUCUCUCUGUAUGUUUUAUGAGCCAUUGUUAUUCUGAAGGUCAGCAUUUGCUACAAUACUUCUUUCUAUAAAUGUCUAUAUUUUAUCAUGUUAAUUAUCAAAAUUGUUAGUUGUACAGUUUUAUAGAUUUUCAAGGAUCUCUGAAAAUAGAUCAAUUGGGCUUCACAGAUAUAUAUAUAUAUAUAUAUAUUCCUAAUUUUUUUUUUUUUUUUUCCUAUGGCAAACUUUUACAGUUUGUCAAUCCCAUUACAUCCUGGUCUUGUGUUUAACAAACUGAUGCGCGUUAAGGGUUAAAGACAUUCUAAAUCAGUGUGAUAGGGUAAAUUGAAGGACUGGAAAGAAAUUUGGAGAUACGGAAUUCAGUUAAAAUGCCGAUCAUCCUAAAUUCAGAUUUGCAAAUUGCAAUUCUGCCAAAACCAAAUGUACAAAUCUAAUAGUGUGUGUGUUCUUAUUUUCAGUGGGCAGCCAGUGACCGGUCGAUUUAGUUUAUCUUGUUUGAAUGAUCAGUUACAAAAAUGUGUCCCUAAAGCAUAAAUGCAAGGGGUCAAUGAUGACAAUUCACUGAUGCACUACUCAUUGUGUCUCAUUGAGUGGUAGCCGUGUUAUUUCAGCUCCUAGCCUACUUGUAGGUUCGUGACAGAGUUGAUGUGAUAUAGGGUAAAAUGAUCUUCAGUGUUUUCAAGAUGUAUUAUAUUGUUGUCUCUUUAAUAGAGCCGCUACAUUACUAUAGUGAACGGGAUCUUAAAGGCAGGUCAGAGUUGGUACAGCUGCAUAUUCCUCUGCACAUGCCACAAGGCUGUUCUUUGUCUGCAGUACUAUUUGGUAUUUGCAUCUUUAUAAUGGGCAAGAAUCUCAAAAUUCUUGAAAAAAAAAUUUUUUCACUUGAAACCACUUGAAGUAGUAUAGCAUAAACAUGACCAUAUAAUCUGCAAAAUAAUAGUUUAAGGACGGCAGCACUUUACUGCACAUGCCACUGUGCUAUGCUGGUAACUGCAUACUAAGGAACUCUCUUAAGGGACCAUUCAUGGAACAUUUUGGUUUUCAAAUGCACAAUGCAGUCAAUACACUCUCCCCCACCCCCAAUACCCCAGUAUAGUGUGUGAGUGCAUGCAUGUACACAAAUACACUCCACUCGAGGGGAAAAAACAAAUUGACAUUGAGGUACCGUAUAUACUCGAGUAUAAGUCGACCUGAAUAUAAGCAGAGGCCCCUAAUUUUACCCCCCAAAACUGGGAAAACUUAUUGACUAGAGUGGGAAAUGCAGCAGCAACUAGUAAAUUUCUAAAUAAAAUUAGAUCCCAGUAAAAUUACAUUAAUUGAAUAUUUACAGUGUGUGUAUUUAACAGUGUGUAGUGUGUGUAUUUAACACUGUGUGUGUGUAGUGGGGGAGGGCAGCUCACAGUGUAAAUCUUGCGGUCUGCGUGCCACGCGGAGUGUUGCCACGGUAACCCAUGGCAAUGCUCUGAUGGCCGCGGGUCUCGUGAGAUUUACACAGUGAGUUGACCGGAACGGAGGAGAAGGAAGCUGAACGGAGCGGCUGCACAUGUAAGUAACAGCUUGCUCCGGCCCCCAACAGGACCGCCGGGCUUGUAAUGAGCCCGGCGGUCCUGGUCUGUAUUAUGGCAAUGUAAGUUGCCAUAAUACAGACACUGACUCGAGUAUAAGCCGAGGGGGACUUUUCAGCACAAAAAAUGUGUAUACGGUAUGUGGAUGUUUUAAAAAGAUAAAACCACAUUGGUCUAUUUAAUUAUCUUUGUCCAGUGAUUUAAUAAUAAAAGCAAUAUACAAAGCCAUUACAGAAUUUAAGGCCAAGUAGCAGUGUUAACAAUUGUCCAUUGUUCUUUUUAUGAUUUAACUUCAGAUUAUUUGUUCAUUUAUUUUAUCAGUAUAGCUCUUAGAAUAAUCAAAAACAAAAGUACAAAUUAAAUUUUUUUUAUUAUUGCACUAUUUAUUCGCUGCAGUGUUUUGCAUAGUGAAUGAACGAACUCUCUUCUCUUAAGGUGGCAACAGGCUAGGAUUUGGCAUAAAUCAUUGUUAGCACACAUUAACAUAUACAAGCCUAACAGUUUAGUUAUGAUAUUGAAUUGCCUUUACAUGACAAUAAAUAUAUUGCUUCUUUUCGAAGAACAGAUCAAAAAAUAACUAGAUUUUUGGGAAAUAACAUAUUUAAGAUUCAUCCCAGUUUCCCUAGCAACUUGCAUUAUGCUGAUGUGUGAAUGAAGGCUAAUGCAGUCCCUACACUGUCUAUAGCGACUCGUGUAAGCAAUGAGGCCCUAGCCACCUCUUAUGUUACAACAGAUUAAAGGGACACUAUAGUCACCCAGACCACUUCAGCCCAGACCACUUCCUGACAGCCACUAGAGGCGCAUCUGCGACGCUGGGGGCAUUUAAUGCACUUGCCGCGCAUUCGGCUCAGCUGACGGCGGGGGAGGAGAGUUCACCAGUGCCAAGGGAGCCCGGCGCUGGAAAAAGGUAAGAUGCUGAAGGGGCUUUAACCCCUUUAGCGCCACGGGAGGGGGACCCUGAGGGUGGGGCCACCCUCAGGGCACUAUAGUGUCAGGAAAACCGCUUCGUUUUCCUGACACUAUAUAGUGAUCCUCUAAGGUUUCGUACUCAAGUAGCAAUGUAAGAAACUGACAUGCUGACUGAGAGAAGACUAUCUGUCUGCACAUAACCUGGAGUCAUCGACAACCUGGUCAGCAUUGAUGCAUAUACCUGCAACUGUGAGCUAGUUUACUCUGUUGGCGCAGCAAUGUGUUAUAAUGACUUGCCUCUCUUGCAGAGGCAGGAAUGUAUUCAUACGUUGUUGGCAACAUUUUAAAAUAUUGACAUCUUCUGUUAAAUUCUUCUAUAUUACUAAACUUCCUCCCUAACCAGGUAUAAAGUUACACCAAGUCAGCCCCCUUUUAAAACCAGGUUAUCACUAAAAAGCUCUCUUUAUGUACUGCAGCUUCAUAGUUGUUGAUCACAUAUACGAUAUUUGCUGCAGUGAAGGGGUUCAAUUAUGGAAAUUGCUACUAUGCCUCUUAUGCUCACACAAUUCUAGAUUGUAUGAUUUAUUUUUUUAAAUAAAAAAAAUAAACACGUUAAGAUAGGAGUUAUUGACCUGCAAUAGUGUAUUCUCCCACUUCAAUGUGACCAUAAAUUACCAGGUUUAGUAUAUUUCAAUCCUCAACUCUGUAACAAUAAUUCUUCAAAUAAUCCGAUCUGUAUUUAAAGGACCACUAUAGGCACCCAGACCACUUCAGCUCUAUGAAGUUUUCUGGGUGCCAGAUCCCCCUCGUUUUAACCCUGCAGCUGAAAACAUAGGUUCAGAGAAAUUGCUAUAUUUACAUUGCAGAGUUAUUCCAGCCUCUAGUGGCUGCCACUAGACAGCCACUAGAGGCUGCUUCCGUGAUUUACACGGAGUAAAUCGCACAUAUUUGACGCUGGACGUCCUCACGGAGUCCAGUAUCAAAGAUCCCCAUAAGAAAGCAUUGAGUGAGUAAUGCUUUCCUAUGGGUGGAUUUGAAUGUGCCCGCGCCUCUGGCCGCGUAUGCGCAUUCAGCUCUACUCGGAAGCUGACGUCAAUGGAGGAGGAGAGGUCACCAGUGCCGAGGGAGCCCGGCGCUGGAUUAAGGCAAGCAAAUUAAUGGUUAACCAUUUAGGAGACUAGGGCCCUGUUCCAUGGAACAGGGCCCUAGUCUCCUAAAACGGUGACUAGGGCUCUAUAGUGUUAAGAAUACAUAUGUUUGUAUUCCUAAUGCUAUAGUGGGAGGCGGGGAAAGGGAGGGUUUACAAAGCCAGCAAACGAGAGAUCUAAAGAUUGUGAUGAGAUCUAAAGAUGUUGAGCUAUACCUUUAAUAAAAAAUGCAUAUUAAAUGCAUGCAUGUUGUCAUUGGGGUUUUAUCUACUAACCAGUCAUUAAAUUUUUUCCCCCCAGUGUUUGCUUGGACAGUGGAAUUUCUAAACAAGUCAUGUUCGAGUUUCACAUCCCCCGCCCCCCCGCAUUUACUAGGAAAAUGCUAGGCAGCUUAGCUGAAUGUUUUCAGAGUACUGUUAUCAUCCAGUGCUGGCCAGAUAAUGCAAAAGUUUAACUUCCCAAUUAUUUGAGCAGAAGGUCAAUGAUUUAAGUGUUUGGGUUAUUUUUUUUAUUUUAUUUUUUGUGCUGCGUAAAAUGAGCGGUUGUUGCACUCCCUAUUUUGUCAAGUAAGACGGUAUCCUUUGUAAGUUAACAUUUCAUGUCCAGUGAGGGUGUCCUCUGGGUAAUCAGCGGUGCAGAAUCUCUGUGCAAGAAGCCACAUCUUUGAACACCUAUGUAACCAGAUACCUGCAGCUUAAAACAUGAACACGGUUUUUCACUCUGUUUAAACCUAUGUGAGAACCAGUAGUGUUUGCUGCUCUUAAUAUCUUUUAGUUCCAGAGUUUCUGGAAGACAUAGAGCAUUGUUAAAUUAACAGAAACGAUCUGUGUUCGGCCUUGGUUGAUUAUGAUAAAAUACAUCCACGUGACAUGUUUUCCCUUAAACACAACCUUUUCUUUUUACGAAAGCUGUUCAAGUUUCUUAGAUUAUUGAAAAGCCUGCACCGUUCCCACCUGCAUUAGGAAAACAAAAGGCCUUUGUGCAGUGUGAAAGUAAAUUGGACUUGCUGUCACAUGAGUGGAGAAGAUAGUUCCUGCUUUCCUUCUCUUUGUGAAGCUUGAUCUUUGUAGACUUUGAUAUUUUAUUUUUUUAGGAUUUUUUGGCAACAAGUGUGCUACAGCUUUUUAUUUUAGUGUUUUGUGUUUUUGUAUUUGUCAUUUGUGCAAUACAAAUGUGAACUAAUGUACAAAAUUUGAAAGAUUUAGUUUCCCAGUUUAAUUUGCCAAUAAUUUUAUUGCAGGGCUCAAUUUCCAUUCACUAUUGGCAAUUAGAAUAGUAGCCUUGGUCAGUUGAAAUUCCAUAUGCCUCUCAAUUUAUGCUUUCCUGUGGUUACCUUCAAAGGGGCACCCAUAGUGGAUGGGUGUGGUGCUCACCUGUGUACAUCUGAAAUCCAGGUCAGAUUCUUAUUGGACUGAGCCCAUCCGCUCCGUUUGCAUUGCAGAAUUGACCUGCCUUUAGUGUUUGUCAGUAUAACUGCGACUAGAGGCCCUUUUGUGAAAUGGCUGAGCAAACCUCUGUUUUAAUCAGAUGGUGUCAGAGACCAUCUGAUUUGCACAGUGCAGCAUUUUGCUGGGCAUGCGCACUACUCCACCAAUGCUUUACUAUGGAAAGCACUUGAUUGCCUGAGGUCAUCGAGCGCGAUGUUCUCAGUCAAAGAGGCAAAGCUUCAUGAAGGAGACUGGAGUGGCUAUGGUUAAAAGAUAAGUGAGGUUUUUUUUUUUUUUUUUGUGUGUGUGUGUUUUAAUCCUUGCAGGGUUGGCCUGGUCACGUAAAUCUUAAAAACAGGCACUAUAGCAUGAGGAAUAAAUAUUGUAUUUGGAAAGCUAUAGUGUUGUUUUCAAGUUCAAGGGUUGUUUAUGUGUAUGUGCUCACACAUAAUUUUGGCAAAAAUAGCUGCUUUAGAAUAUUUCUCUAGCCUGCUUGAGCAUUUUAGCGAACUAAUGUUUAAUGUAUAAGAAUGGGAAGGCAUGUGAUACAUAUGGCUAUUGGUAUGACAGAUAUUUUCAGUACUUACCUCCUUAAAGAGACCCCUUGUUUAAAGCCCAUGUGCAUGCUAGCUCUAUUUGUGUUUUUUUUUUUUUUAAAUGCUUAGAUCUGAUAAAUCUGCCAUAUUUUACUGUCCUGCAAAACGCUAACUUGCUAUUUAGCAUUAUUAUAUAUAACUACUAUCAAUGGCUGCACAAAUACCUUUUACAAUAUUUGCCUCACCCAAUUCACCAUUUCUUGGCACUAUUGCCAAUCAAAUAUUAAGACUUCCAAUGGUCAUAUUUUUUUAUUUUUUAAAUAUACUUGUAGCAUCUUGUCUGUUACUGUCUCCAUGAUGUUGUAAUGUGUUUUAGGUUCAUAAAUCUUUCUUGGCAUAAUUGCUGUGAACUGUGCCUGUUCUCAUAAGGUACUUUUAAUUUCCUAAUCCUCCUACUUAGUCAUUAUACCUAGUACCUAGCCACUUGUGAUGCAUACUUUUAAGAUCAUGAUUUGACACUAAGAGCAAUUGUUUAGGUUGUUCUGUGUUUAUUCACUAAAUUGAUAAUUCAAAGUGAAUUUCAAAUUUAAAGGGUUCCUAUAGUGCCAGGAAAACAAACCAGUUUUCCUGGCUGUAUAGGGUUAAUAGGUCCCCGCCUCCCUCUGGGCCCGCCUCAGCUGUGCUGAAGGGGUUAAAACCCCAUCAGCCACUUACCUUAAUCCAGCCCCGGGCUCCUUCGGCACUGUUGACCUCUCGUCCCCCUACCGACGUCCUCCCUCGAAUGGAACCAAAUGCACAUGCGCAGCCAGAGGCGCAUGGUGGCACAUUCAAUCCCGCCCAUAGGAAAGCAUUACUCAAUGGGGAUCUUAUUCGACGCUUGACUCCGUGAGGACGUCCAGCGUCAUUUCAGUGCGACUUACUCACUGAAAAUAGUGGAAUCGGCCUCUAGUAGACCCUCUAGUAGACCCUCUAGUAGACCCUCUAGUAGACCCUCUAGUAGACCCUCUAGGUAAACAUACCAGUUUCUCUGAAACUGUUUUCAGCAGCAGGGGGGCCUGGCACCCAGACCACUUCAUUGAGUGGUCUGGGUGCCUAGUGGUCCUUUAAAGGAGCACUAUAGGAUCAGAAACACAAACAUGUAUUCUGGACCCGAUAGUGUUAAAACCACUAUCUAGCCCCCUUGGGCCCCCUUUGCCUCCCUAAAGAUAGUAAAAUCUUACUUGUAUUCAAGUCUGAAGCUGCUGCCUCUGUCUGUGAACUUGACUCUGACAUCAGAAGUGGUGGCCUGAUCCAAUCACAGUGCUUCCACAUAGGAUUGGCUGAUACUGACAAGGAGGCAGAUCGGGGCAGAGCCAGCACAAUUCAAACACAGCCCUGGCCAAUCAGCAUCUCCUCAUAGAGAUGAAUUGAAUCAAUGAAUCUCUGAGGAAAGUUCAGUGUUUGCAUGCAGAGGGAGGAGAUACUGAAUGUUUGGAUGCAUUUUAGGCAGCCAUGACCCAGGAAGGAUCUCUAACAGCCAUCUGAGGAGUGUCCAGGCUGUAAAGUAAACACUGCAUUUUCUCUGAAAAGACAGUGUUUACAGCAAAACGCCUGAAGGUAAUGAUUCUACUUGCCAGAACUAAUUCAAUAAGCUGUAGUUGUUCUGGUGACUAUAGUGUCCCUUUAAGGCCAGAGUAUCUGAAAUGAAAGCAUAGCUGACUUAAAUAUUUCCAGUUAGGCUAUGUGGAAUUUAAAUUAAAAUUCUCUCUUUAGUAAAUAAGAGUAUUUUUUAUUUUAUUUAUUUAUUUUUAUUUUUUUAUAGUGUGGAACGUUUAAAUAGUAAUGUAAUUUUGUAAUUCAUUGCUUUCUUUACAUGGUAAAUAUGUAAGUUUGAUCUUUGUAAUCUUUCAGUUGUGGAUACAUCAGAAGUUUACUUUUUUUUUUUUUUGUCGUGCACAAGAUAAACAUACAUCCUUGACACGCCACAACAGCAGUAUCACGGUUCAUAGCAUUUUAGUAUACAGUGUUAGUUGAGGCACUCAUUAAACCGGCACAUUUUGUAAUUAUCAUGCUUAUUCUGACGUUUUGAGUACUCUCAUAAUGUGAGUAAUAUGACUUAGACUAUAUGCAUAGAGAAAUAGGUUAGAGGAGUGACGGCAGAGGGCAGACAACUGGUAUGCCCAGAACAUUUGAGUUAAGUAGUGAGGUGUAUGUAUACUGUGCCAACAUUUAGCGCGGUGGGCUAGGUGGUGUUCAAGUUGGUAUACUGGCACGUGUUUGCACUCAUUGCUGAUUGUGCGAUCGCUCUGCUUGUUACGUUAGGUGUCUUAUGUUCUGCCGUGUAUCUACAGAUUAGGCCAAUGUUUAAACUAGACAUUUCUAAGCAGCACUUAAGUGUUGUACACAUGAGUCCAAGCAUUUGCAUUAUACAUAUCAAGUCAUAUCCUCGGGGAGGGUGUUGGGGUUAGUCGUCCGCUCAGACUUCUUCUGCGGGGGCAUUAGUAGGCUGAUUCCGCAUUGAUAAGCAGUCUCGGGCUACGGGGAAUCCUGCUUGCCUGUCUUGCUGGUGUUUCAGGUAUCUAGCCGAUGCCUCUACUUUUAUCUUGGGCAUUACAGCUGUCUGUUAAGUUAUGCACAAGUCUUCUCAUAAGGUGAAGGGGGGGGAGGGGGACACUGCAUCUAAAAGUGCCUUCAGGUCAACUUGAAUUUACUACUGGCAAAUGGAAUCGGUCAAAUUGGAAUCUUUAAAAACAGGGCCCAAGUCCAUUACUAGCCAGAGGUGACCAUUUAUUUUUUUAUUUUUUUAACACGACUUUUACAGCAUUGAAAGAUCCAGAAAUGGUUCCACUGUACAGAUCUUUAUAAAGGGGAAAAAAAUGUAUUUCUUCAUUUGAAGCCAGAACAUGCUCCGUAUACAAAACAAAUUUACAUAUACACCGUGCCAUAUAUAGGAAAAAUUGUAUUGUCUUCUAAACACUGAUAUUUUCAUUUGACAACAUUCCUAUAAAAGGACACGCUCUCACUUUAAAUAUCAAUAUGUUAUCUUUAAAAUGUAGAUGUUCCUUACUUUUAGAUUGAGCAAACACCCAAACCAGUUUAAAAAAAAUAAAUUACUUUAUCUUUUAUCCAGUGCCAGGAAAAGUUCUGCUGCCUCUCCAUUUAUUGUGAGAUCAUUAGGUAUGAUCGCUGGUCCAGUAAUAUGAUUCUUUCAGCAUCAGAUUUUCAGCACCUGUAUAGCAAUUGCCACAUUCAUCCAAUUCACUUCUUAUAAUAGAGAGGCAUUGGCUCCACUCGGUGUCGUCAUGGUGUGCAUGAUAAUUCUAAAGCUGAAAACGUUAAGGGGUGCCUCUGUCUGACAGCGUGUUCUCACCCAAAUUGGAAACUUAACAUACCUGUGAAAUGGCAAUGUUUUUUUAAAUCUACAGUGAAAAGGGACAGCCUAUUUACACCAAAACCUUUACCUUAAGAUGUAGUGGUUUGUUGUUACAGGAGACCCUUUAAAGCCAUUCUUCCUGAGAAACCGAACUUUUUUUCUAGAUGGUUAAAGGACCACUAUAGUGCCAGGAAAACAUACUCGUUUUCCUGGCACUAUAGUGCCCUGAGGGUGCCCCCACCCUCAGGGUCCCCCUCCCGCCCAGCUCUGGAAGGGGGAAAGGGGUAAAAACUUACCUUUUUCCAGCGCUGGGCGGGGAGCUCUCUGCCUCCUCUCCGCCUCCAAUCCGCCCCGUCGGCUGAAUGUGCACGCGCGGCAAGAGAAUCACGCAAGCGCCUCUAGUGGCUGUCAAUGAGACAGCCACUAGAGGAUUUGGAGGAAGGCUUAACCCAUUGAUAAACAUAGCAGUUUCUCUGAAACUGCUAUGUUUAUAAAAAAAAAAUGGGUUAACCAUAGAAGGACCUGGCACCCAGACCACUUCAUUAAGCUGAAGUGGUCUGGGUGCCUAGAGUGGUCCUUUAACUGUAAAAUAUCUAUGCAACACUACAUCUAUUUUAAGUAGAAGGCUCUGGAUACAUUUAAACAAACAUUUACACUGUUAAAAAGACCAGUAUCAGAUUCAUGUGAUUGAAGACACUGGUCCUUUCGCUAUAUAACACAAAUACUGAGUUGUUGUUUAGUUGGCCUUUUAAGAAACAUGCUGUCUGGUGGCUGCGACUCUGAACCACUUCCUUCUGUUAUGUUCUUGUCCAAGCUGACAGGAACUGCGCAGCUGUUGUCACAGUGUGUGUGUGUUUUCUUGGAGCAGGAAGUCUGAACAAGAAAGAAAACAAAGUCCCCUUAAAAAAAGAAAAAGGAAGUCAGACACACAUUAUUUCACUUUUUUGUGAUGUUUAACUACUUCAUUUCAAAACAGUGCGAGUCUUGCAGCAUGCCUGGAGACACAUGGCACAAUUUUGUUGAAAAGAGUUGCUGUGAUUUUUCCAGCAUUUCGUAUGGAUAAAUACCGUGAAUAAUCAUUUUCUUGACUAUGCAUUAGAGCUUUGAUUUCAUAAUGGCAGCAAUUUAAAAUAAUUAAGAAUCCCAAUUUCUUUAAUUUAUAUAUUUUUUAAAAGAAUUGUAUACUUGGCAACAUACAAUUUUUAAAAUCACCCUUGUGACUUGUAGUUAAGUUUAAAAAUCAUAACUCUCUGUAUUCUGGGUUUGCUUGUGUCUUCAUCUUGACAUGGUGGGGAGGUGGAGGAGGGUGUCCUUAAAAUAGGGAUAGCCUGCCACAACUAUUCUUGGACAUGCAUAUUUUGAAGUUUAACUGUUGCAGUGCUGAGGGGGGACUAUAUAUUGACGUUGCUUUACAAUACUACCCUCCAGAAAAAAAAAAAUGUCCCCCACAUAAAAACUGAUGGAACGCUGCCCCAAGUGCCCUUAUGGUUGAGCCUCUAUUGCAUUCACCAUUUGUUUUUAGUUUGCGAUAUAUCUCCAUAAUCCUUAGAAAGGAUCACCCAGUGAGACUUGAAACUACAAAAUUCAUUCCUUUCUCCCUGUCUCCCGAGAAGGCUCACCGUAAUGGACUGGCAUAGAUAAAAUUGUGUUUUGAAGACCUGAAAAUAUUUAUCGCAUUUGAGAGGGAUACAUGCAUUGUAUAUUGCAAUCAAAUUAGGGUUGAAAAUAAUCUUUGUUCAUGAAGCUAUAACUACAUAAAGAAAAUGUUUGCUACCACUGUUAUAUUUACCGUUUCAUUUUCCUGAUUAGCGAUGACUCUUUUUUUCUGUGUCCACAUCUCCAGCUCUUGAUGUCGGAUGUACCUGCACAGAACAGAUUGUCCCUGCUGUUUCUUUAGCACCAGAACAAUCGAAAGAUAAAUUAAAUUGCAUGACCACUUCAAUUGCAGGGCAAUAGACAUCAUUGCCCUUUUAAAGCAGACUGGAAAUGUUUGUCUAAAAAGACCAGCUUAUUUCUCACAAUUGGGAGAAUACGAACUGGGUCCCAACUGAAGAUUUAAAAUAAAAUACAAUGGCUGAAGUAUGUGAGUUAUUCCUAUUCACAUUUCAAUUUCUUUACUGUUUUUUGUGUAUGUCUGUAUUUAGGGCCUAUGAAAAUUGUUUGUAUUUGGUGUUUUCAACAGAACAGAUCUCAUUAAAGGUGCAUUCUUGACAAAAAUAAAAAUCUACCAGUCACGCUUUGCUAAAUCUCACCCAUUAAAAAUAAGUUUCUUAAACUUGCUUGUCCUGAAGUGUUCUGUUCUAAAAAGAGGUCUAAUGUACAAGAAAAAUGGGGCAGUGGCACUAGCAUUCACAUUUUAUCAGUUGCUAGCUCCCCUUUAACAUUUUUGCACCACUUUUUGGAACAUUUUUUAUCUUUUUCUUUCUUCACACACCCCCUUUCUUCACACACAUAUAUAUCCCUAAAAAUAAAGCACCAGAAAUUAAAAUUUUAAAAAUCAGCUUAAAACAGCUGGCUCUGAUGAUUGCACGAUGUUCAAUAAAAUAUUACAAGUUAGAUCCUUAAGUAUGCUGCAUUGGACGUAGUGUUUAUAAUAUAUAUAUAUAUAUAUAUAUAUAUAUAUAUAUAUAAUUUGGACUCACUACCCCCCAUUCCCUACAUUUCUUUGCUUUUAUAGUAAAAAGCCAGAAUGUAGUUUUUGCAAACAUUUGCAUUGUUCUUUCUUUUCUUACAUGCAAUACUAAUGUCUUCAGUUGUGUCAGUCAGCAGUGAUCCACCAUAAACAGUUCAGAGAGCUUUGCUCUUAUCCAGUUUCCCGACCUAGUUAAUUGAAAGGGAUUUUCUAAGAGGGAGUUUUUGUUAUCCCUCCCUCUCUCAUGCUGGAGGGUUAGUCUUUGGGGCUUCCUAGCAUAUGCUGGAUGUUAUCUGGUCUUUUGUUUUGGUGGUUCUUGCAAAAUCUUUUUUGUGUGUGUACAGAGGUUAUUUUCUAGAGGCUGUCUGUAGUCCAUUAGCUAUCUUACUGUGUUAAUCUUGGCUUUAAAAAAAAAAAAAAAAAAAUGUGAUUUAUCUAUUUUCUUUCUCUAUAUAUAAUUUAACCCUUUUAGGACCAAAGAUUAGCAAACCUUAGUGUCGCUAAUGUCCUGACAUGGGUUUAUCAUGGGAUAAAAUAUUUUCAUAUUCCCUUUUCAUUCCCCCAUGUCUUGUAAUAGUAACCUGAAACAUACAUUUCUAUCUGGAGCUCGAGGAUCCAGUCUUUCUGCUAGUUUGAAAAUUCAUUAGAUUUUUUUUUUUUUUUUUUUUUUACAGGUCACAUGGCUACCUUGUCAAAAAUUUAGUUCUUCCUUAUUAUCAUUAAUAUUUAUGGGACAAAUGGACCUUAUAUGUCAUGUUGGUGCAAGAGCCAUACUUAGAAAUUAUUUCACAUUACUCUAACAUCUGUUAUUGGUUAGGAGUUGGGAGUCAGAAUAAGUUGAUAAUUUUCAUUUUAUUAUGCUGCUCACCUUACUGGUACUUGAAUGGUUAAUUUAUUUUUUACCAUUAUUGUACUUGUGUGAAAAUAUCUAGCCAUGUCAGUCCAAUAAGUCUUGUUAGAGAUCCCAUAAGGCACAGAGGAUGACCUAUUCCAUUCAUUAUUCUCCAUGAUGUAUGGUAUGACAAAUACCAUGCAAUGCUAGUGCUUCUAUUUGAAUGUUGGCUUUAGGGCAUGUGCUGUUGAUUGAUAUAUCCGUCUUUAAAUGUGUGGAUUUGUUUCUCUGGAGGCAAAGUGUCUUAGUGGCUGUUAAGUUUUCUAGUGUUUUAUACUAUGUUAGCAAGCAUAAAGUUAAUUUCUAAUACAUCGUUAUGUUCCUGUAUGUCCUUAAAAAUGUAUGCUUUUUAUAUCAUACACUUGUCUGAGAAUUUCUGCUCUAAAACACACACACACAGAUCCUUUCAGAGCUCUGUUUAAGUGCCAUGCUCCAGUCAGUUGGAAUGUUUCGCUCAGUAACUGUAAUGUGAGAACAGAUGAGGAUUGUAGACGGGCUAAAAAUUGUAUGCCAUUCAAAAUCCUGUCCGGCAAAAUUUCUAAUGCUGCUUUUUUUUUUUUUCUGUUUUAUGUCUUUCCUGUAGCCGUGACAUGGAGAAUAAAGAAACACUCAGGGGGUUACAGAAAAUGGAUGACCGCCCAGAGGAGCGCAUGAUCAGGGAGAAACUCAAGGCAACAUGUAUGCCAGCCUGGAAACAUGAAUGGCUGGAGAGGAGGAGCAAGCGUGGCCCUGUGGUAAGUGUGGACCUGCUCUCGUGCUAUGGAGUUACAUUGCCCUCUAAUGACAAUUCUGAAUAAUGCACAGGUUGCAGUGUUAUAUGCAGGCUAAUACUGUACAACUCGUCUGUAUAUCUUUUAUGGCAAAGGAUAUCACCAUGUGUUCCAAAAGUAGCCGCAAAUGAACCCAGUCAGUCAGAAAUGUGCCUAUAUGCUCACAUAUACCAAGUACUUGAGGGGAGGAAAAUUCUGUUUGGUUUUUUUUGUUUGUUUUUUUUUAUCCCAGAUGUAGAAAACGCAUUCAUGUAAUCCAUUUUGAAAUUUUAAUAUUUUUUUUAAAUUUGGUUACAUCAUAGCUGAAAUUAGGUGAACAUUAACAAAAGGGGUUUAAAAAAAAAAAAAAGUUUAUUUUCAAAAAUAAUAAAACUUUUAAUGGAUACACAUAAAUUCUUGCAAAUACUUUUCACAAAUUCGAAUUCCUAACAUACAAACGGCAUAGUGUUUACCGUCUCUUGAAUACAUUAUGCUGCAGAACUGUAAGCAUGCAUCAGAACAGUGUCCAGCAGCAAGUAUGGAAAGGCAUGUUCAGAAGUCUGAAAAGUGCUUGUGUGACAGAAGUGCACUCCUCACGAACUGGGUAUAUGAGCAGAAAUGCACGUCAAGUGCUGGAUUUGUGCAGGAGUUUCUCUUUUUAUUGUCCUGUUUCUUUUGGAGUAAUUCGACUGGCAAAUAAGUAGGUGUCUAAGUAUUUACUGCACGAAACCUAGGUAGUUUUAGGAAACCAUUCCCAUUUCCAUAUCAUAGUUUGCUGUCUUCAGUACACCUUACACCUCCUGGUGGUGGCUUAUGAUAUUGUCACUUUCCAUUAUUUAACUGAAAAAGUAAGUUUUAUAGUUAUCAGCCAGUGACACAGCUUUAGGAGGAGCAAGGAUAUUUUGUGAUCUGUAAAUAAAGUAAUACUUUAUUUUAUUUAGCACAGUGCAGUUUUGUCACACCAGCACACAAUGCUUUCCUGUGGGGGAUUUGAAGACCCUUGACGUACUCCUGCAAAGCGUAAGGACGUGCAAUGUCUGUUCAGAGUUAAACUCCAUGAAGCACUUCUAGUGGCUGUCUGGCAGACACACUAGGGUAGUGCAGUUUCUCUUGUGUUUUACAGGGUUAAAAGGGACAGGGACAUUGCACCCAGACCACUUCAAUAAGAUUAAGAAGUCUGGGUCUCGGAGGGCCUACCACCCGGAUGAGAAGGACUACACCAUCUCACACUCACACAACACAUAUACUAGACUACCUCUUUACCUCACGCUAUCAUCUACCAAUAACAUGCGAGGCAGAGCACGGGGUGGCAACAUGGUCAGACCACGCGCCGGUACUCCUGACACUCUCGGCCCCCUUAUACAAACCCCGGUUCAACAAAUGGAGACUAAAUGAAUAUCUCCUAACCAGACCCGACUUAACAACCGAUAUCAAGGAAGCGCUCAAAGAUUACCUUAAGACGAACACUGCCGAACAAACCUCGCCGACCAUUAGAUGGGAGGCCCACAAAAGGGUAAUUCAUGGACACUUCAUCCGUCAGAGCACCAUCCUUAAAAAGCAGACUAACAGUCGCCUGACAGAACUAGUGACGGAAAUACAAAGGGUAGAACCACUUAACAAAAGCACACAACACGCGACGCACCAGGCGACACUACUACAUCUAAGACGGGAGCUGACGGGCCUUUUACAUAGGAAACACCAUAGAGAAGUAAUUAGGCACAAGGCUUUUUUUCCAGCUCCACAGCAAUAAAAGUGGUAAACUGCUGGCCAGAAUGAUAGUCAAACAAAGACAAAGGACAUACAUUGACAAAAUGAGACACACGGCACCCUAAAUCACUUACCCUCUAAAAUCCUAGACAUAACGCUGGACUACUACUCAAACCUGUAUGCUAUCCCCCGACCCCAACUAGACAAGGCCAAAGAGGGUCUACGGGAAAGAAUACAAACUUAUCUAACGGCCUACCCCCUCCCGUCCAUAGAAGGGGAAAUCGCAGACAGUGUAGACGAACCAAAGUGCCAAAACAGGGUAGAAGCCCAGGCCCGGACGGGCUACCACAAAAGUAUUAAACAUUCGCGGAACACUUUUAUAUCCCCCUCUCCUAGACGCACUGAGGGAAGGACAUCACCUUCCAAAACAAGCACUAACAGCACACAUCGCACUCAUCCCGAAGGAGGGAAAGGACAGGGAACAAUGUGGGAAAUAUAGGCCCAUCUCGCUCAUCAACUGCGAUGUCAAACUGUUGUCAAAAAUAUUGGCUACACGCCUCCAAACUCACAUCCCCACACUAAUACACCCGGACCAGGUGGGUUUCGUCAUGGGACGUGAGGCUAGAGACAACACGAUCAGAGCGUUGACUCUCAUGCACAGACGAGAUUGUGCGGACGAAGGCGUUCUGCUGCUGUCCAUGGACACAGAGAAGGCCUUCGACAGAGUCGACUGGCUAUACAUGUUCCACACACUGACACAUAUCGGGCUGGGACCGCACUUCCAGAGAUGGGUAGAGGCACUGUACAAUGGGCCCACCGCCCACGUCAUCGUAAACGGAGCCCUGACAAAUUCCCCAUAAACAACUGCACAAGGCAGGGAUGCCCUCUAUUCCCCCCUGCUCUUUGUGCUGACACUCGAGCCCUUUCUGACACACAUACGACGCAGCUAUUAGGGGUAUUGGAAAGGGAGACCCGCAACACAAGGUAGCGGCAUACGCCGACUACUUCCUUUUCUUCGUCGCCCACCCGGAGAUCUCACUCCCGAAUAUCCUGAAGGCCUUCGGGGAGAUAUCCAACCUUAAAAUCAACUUCACAAAAUCCUAUAUCUUGAACGUCGUUAUACCCGAACACAGAGCCACCCCCUCGAAGCAGCGCCACACAUUCCAAUGGGCGCAACACAAGAUACAGUACCUAGGCCCAUGGUUGACGAAGAGGGAAAAUGACCUAUUUAGAGAAAAUGUUAUCCCCCUGCUAGAUAGGUUACAUAGCUGAAAAGAGACUUGCGUCCAUCAAGUUCAGCCUUCCUCACAAAUGUUGUUGCUGUUGAUCCAAAAGAAGGCAAAAAACCUGGUCUGAAGCGCUUCCAAUUUUGCCACAAACUAGGAAAAAAAUCCUUCUUGACCCCAAAAUAGCAGUCAGAUGUCUCCUUGGAUCAAACAGCUAUUACCCCACUCUGGAAAGACCUGUCGGAUUGGGCGUACCCACACAUCAUGGCUAGGCAGGAUCCAGGUAAUAAAAAUGAACCUGCUCCCAAGCCUGCUAUACCUCAUGCAAGCCCUACCCAUAAUCAUCCUCAGAUUUUUUCGGACCCUGAGACAGGCAACGGGGAAAUGCGUAUGGGACCACUGGAGACCGAGAGUUAAGAUGACUGCACUGAUGCUAAACAAAUACAAGGGUUCACUGGCCAUGUCAGACUUCACCCUGUACUAUGAAUCCUGCCACCUCCAAAUAAUUAUGAGUGUUCAAGAGAUGGAAAGAAAUAGAGGAAGCGGGGAAACCGCUGUCCACUCUACCAUGGCAGAGGAUCGGAGGACAGGGCUCUCCCUACACAACUGCAACACUAAGGGCAUGGGAGAGAGUAGCAAAGAGAUGCGGACUAGCGCCGUUCCCAUCCCCCCUGCUCCCCCUAACACACGACAGUUUCCCACCGGGACUAGACCCCCAACGCAUUCAGAGACCUGCUCCGACACAAGACACCUAGUCUACACCACCUCCUGGACGGAACUAAUUGCAAAACACUCCCGACCCUAUCAGAGGGAUCCACCCCCACCCUCCUACACCACCUAAAACACAGACCGCUACAGAUCUAGGUUCAUACUCUCCCGGGGGGGCAUAGCACGGAAACGGGACCCCACCACAUUCGAAAGAAUGUGUAUGGACCCAGACCCACAACCGCACAGGAUCUCACUCAUUGACUCCAUGCUACAGAGGGAAACUCCAACAGAGAAACCCAAAUUUAUGGGGAGAUGGGAACAAACACUGGGGAAAACUUUCACCAACGGAGACUGGGAGAAGAUAUGUAACUUAAUGCACCACUGCUCAGUCUUCAGCAGGACGCAGGAAACGGCGUUCAAACUGCUGACGAACUGGUACCGCACCCCAAUUAUACUGCAUGCCAUAGACCCGGAACACACGGACCUCUGCUGGAGGUGCAAUAAGGAGGCGGCACCGCGCCCCACCUAUGGCGGGGCAUACACUGCUUCCUCAAAACCUUCUCCGACACACCACCUCACUUUCUCCCUGAAAACAUGCUCCUACACCACACAAAAUCGCCUAGAUCCCGAUACAAACACCCACUAACCAUUAGUAUCUUACAUUUUGCCAAACAAGUGAUCCCUCAAUUCUGGAAGCAAAAAAUAACGCCACCGUUGACAACUUGGUUCACCCAAAUGGAAGAACUCAGAGCCAUAGAGGAACUCCUCAUGAACACAUCCAACUCCCCAGACAGGUAUAUGGAAAUAUGGACCCACUGGAUACUGACUACCAAGGCAGAAUUCACAAAUAGACUCCAAUAUGACACGUAGACGUCGAUGUGGCGAAGCCGCAUAGACCGAUAAACUAAGACGAACUGGACAGACAUAACCCAGACAGAGAGGCACCCCCCCAAGACAACUCAACCCUCAUACACCCCCCCCCCAACACUACACACAAGCUAACAAGAACAAUGCACACGGACGCACAAGCCCAACAGAAUACCAUCGACAGGAGGUACACUGGAUAGCACCAUCAAACCCGAAUCCACAUAGCCUCUCAGAACCACAACCCACAGGGAUACGGGAAGAAAGCAACUGCACGCCACUGAAUGCCAACAGGUUCAAAACCACACACCCGAACACCUGAGAACGGAAAAACUAACUUAAGACACGGGCAGAAACCAACCCAACAGACACAACACACAAUAUCCGAUGCCUCCACACCUCACCCGUAAGAUUGAUACCUACCAUGGGCCUGCGUGCCGCAAAUUUGGUGACAAACGAGACCUGCGUGUCUCACGACAGUUUAAAUCUCGUCAAAUUGACAAUGUGCACAAUCUGUACCAAUGCCUUCUUUACUAUGAGAUGUAUAAAGAUAUGACUAAAGAGACCUGCGUGUCUCACCGUUAACUCUUACUUGGAAAACCAAAAUAAAAACCUUUAUUUACAAAAAAAAAAGUCUGGGUCUCUAUAGUGUCCCUUUAACUGCGGCAUCUUGCAGCUAUGCAUCACUGAAGCAAAAAUUGAUGCACCUGUAAAUCCUCUUACAGGAUUACGUAUGAGUACUCAUAUCAACUGUUUGAACACACGGUACAUGUCCUCACUAUCUUUUUACAGGCUCUCUCAUAGCUUUCAUUGAAAGAAACUAAGAUUUUCACACUAAUGGCUUCAAAUGUCAGGAGGAAGCUAUGGAGCUUUCCAUGUUAAAUAAACGCAAAAUUGUUUGCUGACCUCCUUACUACUGCACUUAAACCCUGAAAUACAUUACACAAUGUGACACACAUUGUGAUCCAAAUAGAAACAUGCAGGAUUUAUUACAAAUUCUGAAAAUUAUGUAAUCCCCCACCCCCCCUUCAAUGUAUGGAUAUCAUGCUUACAUAUGUGGGAUGCAAGUGUGUUUGGUGGAGGAUGGCAUGGUUGCAGUCUGGGAUUUAAUUAUGUCAUUUGGCACAAAACCUGUUGUUGCCACCUUCUGUUAUGUUUGCAUGUUAUUUUAGUUUUGGUGGACUAAUGUUUAGAAUCCCUUAAAUGUUCCUUCGCCUUAUGUAAUUUGAUUAUUUGUGUUUCUGCUUCAUUUAGGUAGUAAAACCAAUUCCUGUGAAGCCAGAUGGCUCAGAGUCUUCCAAACUGGAUUCUAAUGGUGGUUCAUUAACUGGAUCGUCUCCCUCUCAGAAAGGGAGACGUAGUCCUUCUCCUAGCAGUUCUUCCAGCUCUUCCAAAUCCUCAAAGCCAGAAUCUCCAGGAGUGAGGAGGAGAGGAAUAUCUCCCAUCCCUGUAAGUUCAUAUGCUGCUCAAAUAUAAAAAGUACAUUUAAAAUUUAAGAUAAGCCAGGCUGAAAGGAUGAUUUGGAGAAUAUUUCCAGUUUGGCUAUUUGACCUUGAAAUAUACUUAAAUUCUCACUUUAGUGAAUAAUCGUGUAUAUCAUGCAAAAUAUUUGGAUAAUGCUAAAAACAUUCUAGGCAGUAUCUUUGUAUAACAAUUCUAGUUUCUGGUUGCAUAUAUAAUUGGUAUACAUCGUGGAUAUUGACAUUUUGUUUUAUUCUUUCACUGUAAACUACAAAUUAUAAUUGAUCAUUUUAAAUUUAUUUCCAGAAUGCCCAGUUUUUUUGUCCAGGGUUAUUGUAAAAAUAUGUGAAUCUAACAUAAUUUUCUGGCUUCCUUUUCAGUUUCAAAGCGGCCGUAUAACACCACCUCGAAGAGCACCUUCUCCUGAUGGUUUUUCUCCGUACAGCCCAGAGGAAACUAAUCGCAGGGUCAACAAAGUAAUGAGAGCAAGACUUUAUUUGCUGCAGCAAAUAGGCCCCAAUUCUUUCCUAAUUGGCGGUGACAGUCCUGAUAACAAAUACAGAGUUUUCAUUGGACCUCAGGUAUUGGUGCAUGUAAAACAUUGUGUUUAUUUAUUUUAUUUUAUUUUUUGUCUUGGUUGUGUUUUUUUUUUUUUUUUUUAAAGAUUACAUUUUAAUUUAUGUAGGUCCUGUACUAAUCACAAACCUAUACAAUGCCAGCAAAAGUUGAAAUGAUAGAUACGUUCACUCUUGACUUAAGCUCUAUUCCUAUUGCAAGGAGUGCCUGGUUACUGUUGCACUUCCUCACUCUAGUGACAUCCAUGCACUCUGUGUUUAAGAAAAAAGCCUGGAAAGUAUGUCCUGUACAUCAGGCAGUAGGAAUUGCACACUCCUAACUAACUUCAAAUGCUUUACAUACACAGUAAAUAUUGUAAGAUCUAAGGAUUAUCUCAAUUUGUACAAAGGGCAGUGCCAACCUUAGUACUUUAAAGGACUAGUCAAAGCGCUAUAAUCACUUUGCACUUGUCCCUAUGAGUGGCUUUAGAGCAUGAAAAAAAAAAUCACUGCUGCUAUAAGACAGCCUGGAACACUUAAUUCGGGGUUCCCUGUGUCAAAUUUGCCCCUAUUGCGCUCCUCUGGUUUGUAAUAAAAAUGCAAAAUUGUACUUGGUUCAUUUACAAGAGACUGCAUAACAUUAUUGGCCUAAGCCAAAAGGAUUGUUGGAUGCUUGCAUUUGCUAGUAUUUCACUGAGCAAAACAGUAAGUGGAUAUUGAGCACAUUUGUGUUUUUGGGGCUAUGGGGGCAUGCUGAACAACCUAUAGUGUUUGUAUUAUUGUUAUAUGUCCAUAAUAUCUCACGUGAUGUACAACUUCUCCUUAUUUCUCUGCAGACUUGCAGCUGUGGCAGGGGCUCAUUCUGUAUCCAUCUUCUGUUUGUCAUGCUGCGAGUGUUUCAGCUGGAACAGUCUGACACCAUGCUGUGGAGAAAAACACUGAAAAAUUUUGAGGUACCGUAUUGUGCAUAUUGUGUCAGAAAGUAGAUGUAUUACACGUUAGAUGCAAAGCAACAGUUUCGUUAAAAUGACUAUUCAUCUGUAACAAACGUCUCUGGAAUUAGUUGUUUAUUCCCUCACCACAGUAAUGUUGAGGCACUUACUGGGAUGAGUAGUGUAGUAGAGGGAAGUAAGGGGAGGGGGAGAAAAUGCACUUCCAUGUUCUGGGUAUCCUUACUCCAUGAUCUACAGAGGUUUGCCUGUAAACAUGUGGAUUCCUUGAGUUGUGCACAUAUUACUGCAGUGGUUGAAAUAAUGUACAUGGUGUGAUCCUGCUGUGCCAGGUAUAUAUUGUAAACUAAAUGAAGCUGAAUAAAAAAAAAAAAACUCACAACCCAUAGUUAAUUUUUAUUUAACUAUUUGGUUGUGCAACAAAAUCUCACAAGUGGAUCACAUUGGACCACUCUUGGUUUUUUAUGUUGACUGUCUCUACGUAUAUUGUAUCAUAUCUCCAAGACUCCAAUAGUCUAUCUACAAUUUGUUUGUUUUCUUUGUUUUGUUUUUUUUCUGAACUCCAGUUAUUUGUAGUUCCUCAAACCAAAAUGACAUGUUUUUAAAGUUACUGCUCUAAUUCAGAAGUCGUAAAUUAAUAAAAAAUGGUUGCCUCUUUGUGAAUAUAAUCUAUAGCCAGCCAUGCUUGCUUCUGAGAAUAUCUGCCAUCAUUCUUAAGUCAAUUUGCUCAGCUAUACUUGUCAUCUUAUCAUAUGUUCUACUCCUGUCUCUAGUGCUGAAAGAUAAAUUGACCCUUCAGGGCUGUAUUGGGGUGGCUUGACAUUGAGCAUUCCUUCUUGUUAAAGUGUGAGAUUUCAUUGCUGCUGUUUUCUUCUGUUAGGUUGAGAGUUUGUUCCAGAAAUAUCACAGUAGACGUAGCUCAAGGAUCAAAGCUCCAUCACGUAACACCAUCCAGAAGUUUGUGUCACGCAUGUCAAAUUCCCAUACAUUGUCAUCAUCUACCACCUCUACAUCUAGUUCAGAUACCAGGUUUGUACCUAGGAAUCAUUGCUGAUAUUGAUGUGGACGUCUGCUUUAUUGUUUCUUGUAAGCGUUAAGUGUCAUUUGGCGAAAGAAUUGUUUAGCUGACCAAUUGGAGAGUUUAAUCAGUAACAGCCUAAAGAUGUCUACCAAUCACGGACUAUUGGGAUUACAAGGACUAAAUAUUGUCUGUCUCAGAAUGCCUGACGAAAAUGUAUUUUUAUUAGGACAUUUCUAGCAUUGAUCCAGUAAUAUUCUGGAUUGAGCAUGUGUAUAUUUGAUAGCUGCUUCUUGCAAGCAGUGGCAAUAAAUUAACCAUCUGUAAAAAUGACACUGCUCUUAAAUGACCCUUUGAUUGUAGAUACACAUCCUUCGAAGCUAUAUUAUUUUAAAACCGAGAAAUGGCCACAAUAAAAUAAAGUCUAAAUGUCAGGCUGCGUUCCCGAGCAUUGCUUCAUUUACAUUUGGUAGCAUGGCCAUUUGUUGCUGGUUUUCUUUUCUGGAUUUCACCUUGGUCUCAAUGGGAGGGAUGCUUGCUUUGAAUUUACAGCCUUUUUACUAGUUACACCUUAAUAGUUUAACUGAAGUUAUAUAAAAUUAAAAAUGAAAUUUAUGAAACUCCUCUAUAAUUUAAUAUAAACUAGUAACACAGUAAAGGAGUUUAAGCAUGCGUGGGAUAGGCAUAAGGCUAUCCUAGCUAUAAGAUAAGGUCAAUGACUAAUGAAAGUAUUUUUAAAAAUUGGGCUGGCUAGAUGGGCCGAAUGGUUCUUAUCUGCCGUCACAUACUAUGUUUCUAUGUAGUAGUAUGUUACCCAUGGCUCAAAAUCUAGCUAUGGUCAAUGUCAUCGACCCUACAUGCUUGCAGUGGCAAUUAACUUUUAAGACCUGGCUAGUAGCGUAGAAUUUAACAUUUUUAAGCCCUGAUUUACCUAUACUGGAUUUCAUUUUCACUCUGCAACAGUAUAUUUGGUCAAUUACCUUUUUAAACUUACAAUUAUUUGUUUAAAAACAGUCAUCAGCAGGAUCAGCAUUAAAUUACCUAGUUAGGUCUCACCAAUAUGUCCACUGACUUAAUGAAAAUAUAAUUUCCACUGUUUGUUUGUUUUUUGUUGGGGUUUUUAUUUUUUGUUGUUGUUAUAUUUACAGCUAUUUGUGUUAUGUUCUUUUGUUAAUCCAGAUUACAAUUUCACAUCCACUGUAAAUGCAUUUCACCAUUUCAAAGGUGCAAAAAUACAAACCACGAGCUGGGCAAAGUGACCACAAAGAAUUGUGAUAGCAGAUAAUAGGUUUGAAUCCUUUACCUCAUAUCUGGUGUUAGACAAAAAUGAACUAAUGAACUGUUAUAGCCCAUCUAAAAUCCCAACCAGUGAUACUUCUGUUUCUAUUCAAGGCAUUUACCAGAGCCAUUUAAUUUUUACUACCACAGUAGUUUGUAAAAAAACAAAUGUAAUCUGCUUUCUCUUAUUUUCAUAGCCUGAAAGACGAAGAGGAGCAGAUGUGCCCUAUCUGCUUACUGGGCAUGCUGGAUGAGGAGAGCCUGAUAGUAUGUGAAGAAGGCUGCAGAAACAAGCUACACCAUCACUGCAUGUCAAUAUGUACGUCACAGGCCUUACUAGCUGUCACCAAUUUGCUUCUUAGGGUGGUUUCACUGCUGGUUUUACUGCAUAUUCUUUUUAUUUUAUCUUUUUUACACCGUUCAUAGUGGCUUUCCCCAAGUAAAUUGGUCGUUUAAUGCAUACAUACAAGAUAAUUAUCAAACAUAGUUAAUUCAAGUGCUGAAUUACAGUACAGUUAAGUAUAGUUUUAUCUGUUGGCAUCUAUUCUAUACCGGAGACUGGGCACCUGCAUUUUAUUUAAAUUUGCUUAUGUUAAUGUUUGGGUUUCUCAAUAAUACAUACAUUCAAAUAUACAUACAAACAAUAAGGCACCUUAUGAAGUACGGAAAUGAAAUUGAACAAGUUGAAUAGGGAAAAUGCAUCAAGUUAAAUGUAUAUUGCCUAAAUGUCAUACUGAAUAAAUUUGUCAAAUACAGUAAUAUAAUAUUUCAUGUAGUAAAAGAAAAGUCCAGGUAGUAUCCCCACUCUGGUAGAACGCCAGUGUCAAGUACACCUGUGAGGUUAAGACCCGGCUGCACUAAGACUUCACUGAUGCCAAGAAUAUUUCUUUUAAAAAAUCCAAAGAGUACAAGAACUAAAUAUUAACAAAAUCUAGGAGUCUAUCCUGGAUAUAAAUGAAGACCGUUGGUCCCAUACAGUUAACUCUGAUAAUACCUCAAGCGUACAAUAGUGCUGGCUAAACACCUAGGGGUGUUUUUAAGUUUCUAUCACGAAUAACCCACUGAUAUGUCAGGUGUCAGGAAGGGAUGGGCGUCUUGGUUAUAAAUGUGAUCCAGGAGUCCGAAAUCUGAGGUUAUUUUGUACCUAUGUCAGAGAGAGGAAGUACCUAAUUUCUUCCACAGAUUUAAUUUGUUUCACUCAUGGUAUCCACUCUGUAAAUGGAUUGUCUUUCAUCAAUACAUGGGUAUAAGUGCCAUAACCGCAUUAGUAGAUGAAAUUUAAGGGAGUUCAUAUACUUACUCCUCGGUUUCGGUUAGAGAUGGAAAUUGAUUUCUUGGAAAGUUAGUGGCCUAGGGAUACUACUAUGGUGGUAGUAUGUGUUAGGGCAGAUCUCCACUAGCUCUGCAGAUCAGCACAUUUUCACCAUUGGUGGAUUAUGUGCCUCUCUCCACCUGACACCUCCAACAUUACUUUGGCACCUGAGAGUAAAUCCUAUCCAGUACUACUGGCGUUUUAUACCAUCUGAUGAUUAAUUUGUAGGAAAUACCUGGGGAUAGGUCCUGGAUGCAUGCCAGGGAAGCACAGCCAAUGGUAAUGUAAACCAUUCCUGCUCCGUAUACUUCCAGUGUUUAUCCCCAUUACACCUUUUUUAAGAUCGCUUUUAUUGUGUAGAUAAAUAUCGUGUGUGUGUGUGUCCAACCAAACCAAAUGUAAUUUAUGAAUAGUCUCCCCAAUGAUGUGAAUAAAGAGGGGGGUAUGUUGAUAGGCCAGGUCUGAUGUAAAUAAAACAGAUGAGGAUAUUUGCUCUUCCCAUCCAGGGGAACUGAGUUUUUUUUUUUUUCCAUUUUGUCAAAUUUUGCAUCCAUGAAUGCAAGAGUGGGAAGUAGUUGUGGCAGAAAAGGUCUUAAGUUGGCGGUAAUAUUGACCCCAAGAUAUUUUAUGUGGGUGGUUGUGGCAAAUUUAAAAGGUAGAGAGGAUUGCGUUUGCCUUGAAGUGCUACCAAUAUAGAAUAUUGGGAACCUGCAUUUCUAUUGAUUUUUAUUGAAUCAAUCUGAACAAAAUGCUGAAGAUUUCCUAAGAGUCUAGAUGUGUAUUGUCCACCAGUAGGUGGGUAUACAUACAGUUGGUGUAUGUUGUAGUAAGAACAUUUUAGAAGUAUAUUACAGGUUUGUGUCUUUUGUUUCUUUUUAAAUUUAAAGGAACACUCCAGACACUGUUAUAAUUAGGAGAAAAAAAUAUUUUGACUCUUUAAAAAAAAAAAAAAAAUAAAUAAAUAAAAAAUAUCUAUAUAUAUAUAUCUAUCUAUAUAUAUCUCAAUGUAGUAUACAUACUCUUAAAGAAAACAAACAACGCAAUUUUGAUUGUUCCUUUACGCACAGUGAGGAUAUUUGCUUUUUCUCAUUGAAUGUGAGAGCUGAAUCACUCUCACAUUCUUCAUCGCUGGCUUCCGCUUCAUCAGCACAUAACAUGUUUGAUCUCAAGGUACUUAAAGAGCUAGAAUCCACCAACCACAUGCAUUAUCUACCUCACUACCUUUCCUCUGUCAUUUAAUAAAGACUGCAUUUCUCAUAGAAUUCUUUGGGGUGUCUCUUUAUAACUUUGGGUGAUAUUGCCAUUGAUCAUUUAUGCAGUUUGCAAUCUCAUCUAUUAAAGUAUUUCACAAGUGUAUUAAUUCUUCCUAAUCUAAUAGUAACUAUAAUAUUUUUAAUGGGACAAACAUUGUGUCCAGAUUUUUUUUUUUUUUUGAUACAGAUGUAUUGCAUUUCAGAAUUAGCAUUUCCUUGUUGUCACAAUCACCCUCACUGAGUGGACACAAACUAAUAUUUUAUGAAUGUGUUUAUUUAUAGUUAUUUGUUUUGUUUUUUUUUUUUACAUGAAAAUGUCAGACUUUUUUACCAUAGGAGGGUAGACUCAUUUGUGAAUGUCCAUCUGAUGUUCAUGAUUAGUUUAUUUAAUCAUGUAAAUUAAUUCUCUAUUAGGGGCAGAGGAGUGCAGAAGAAACAAGGAGCCUCUGAUCUGUCCACUUUGUCGAUCAAAGUGGAGGUCACAGGAUUUCUACAGGUUGGUUCCAUGAUGUUUUAUCAUGAUUUUCUUUAGUAUGUGUUAGCCUUUUAUUGUCUUUUUUUUUUUUUUUUUUUAAUCAGUUGCUCAUCAUUUUGUGCCAAAGCUUUGGCUUAUUAGCUACUUUUCCAGGGCUAAAUAAGGGAUCAUUUACUAUAUGUUGUAUGAUUUUAUUUUAAAGUGUUAUGUGUUUCUGUAUUACACAGCCAUGAUUUACCUGGGCCAGUGGAUUCUCCUCCUGUUCUUCGUGCAGUUCAGCAGCCAUCUGUGCAGCAACAGUCCUCUGCUGGAUCCCAAAGACGGUCACAGGAUUCCAACUUGAACCUUACCCAUUAUGGUGUUCAGCACAUUCCAACUGCCUACAAGAGCAUGGCUGAGCCAUGGAUUCAGGUGUGUAGCUCAAAUUCUGUCCUUAGAAAUAUAGUCAAAACCUCCUAAAUGCUCUGGGAUUGCAAUGUACAUCUACUUCUGGGUUGGUGAAAGCUGUAGAACAGCUAGAUCAGUUACACAAUAUGAGCUACAAUGCAGUAAACUCUGAAAUAUGCAGUGUGAACAUGCGUGCAGGUCUAAAAAAAAAAUAAAAUUAACAUAGAAACAUAGAAUGUGACGGCAGAUAAGAACCAUUCGGCCCAUCUAGUUUGCCCAAUUUUCUAAAUACUUUCAUUAGUCCCUAGUCUUAUCUUAUAGUUAGGAUAGCCUUAUGCCUAUCCCACGCAUGCUUAAACUCCUUUACUGUGUUAACCUCUACCACUUCAGCUGGAAGGCUAUUCCAUGCAUCCACUACCCUCUCAGUAAAGUAAUACUUCCUGAUAUUAUUUUUAAACCUUUGUCCCUCUAAUUUAAGACUAUGUCCUCUUGUUGUGGUAGUUUUUCUUCUUUUAAAUAUAGUCUCCUCCUUUACUGUGUUGAUUCCCUUUAUAUAUUUAAAUGUUUCUAUCAUAUCCCCCCUGUCUCGUCUUUCCUCCAAGCUAUACAUGUUAAGAUCCUUUAACCUUUCCUGGUAAGUUUUAUCCCGCAAUCCAUGAACCAGUUUAGUAGCCCUUCUCUGAACCCUCUCUAAGGUAUCAAUAUCCUUCUGAAGAUACGGUCUCCAGUACUGUGUACAAUACUCCAAGUGAGGUCUCACCAGUGUUCUGUAUAAUGGCAUGAGCACUUCCCUCUUUCUACUGCUAAUACCUCUCCCUAUACAACCAAGCCUUCUGCUAGCAUUUCCUGCUGCUCUAUUACAUUGUCUGCCUACCUUUAAGUCAUCAGAAAUAAUCACCCCUAAAUCACUUUCCUCAUAUGUUGAGGUUAGGACUCUAUCAAAUAUUCUGUACUCUGCCCUUGGGUUUUUACGCCCAAGAUGCAUUAUCUUGCACUUAUCCACAUUAAAUGUCAGUUGCCACAAUUCUGACCAUUUUUCUAGUUUACCUAAAUCAUUUGUCAUUUGGCUUAUCCCUCCUGGAACAUCAACCCUGUUACAUAUCUUAGUAUCAUCAGCAAAAAGACAUACCUUACCAUCAAGACCUUCUGCAAUAUCAAUUUUAUGUGUGAUCUGUAUAUAACAGUCCUGUUGCAUAGUAAAUGACUAGAAUGGUUCGUUUUAGUACAAGAAGAGGAAAACAAAGUAAUAUGACAGAGAAUCGGCCCAAAGAGGAUAUAAAGUAGCAAGAGAGGGUGUUUAUUGCUGUUAUUUGCCUCCUAUGUUGUAUGUGUGUGAAUCAUGUGACAAUACCCCUACCCCGAGAGGUUUCUGCUCAUUUGCACUUUUGUGAAUAUAAAUACUAUAUACAGUGUUUAUUUUUUAUGAGGGAUAUUUUCAAAUUUGUUUUUAAAAUGUUUGAUUUUUUUUUUUCUUCUAGGUCUUUGGAAUGGAACUAGUAGGCUGUUUGUUUUCUCGGAACUGGAAUAUCAGAGAAAUGGCCCUGCGACGUCUCUCACACGAUGUCAGCGGAGCCCUUUUGUUAGCAAAUGGUGAAAGCACUGGAAAUUCUGGCAGUGGAAGUACCCCCAGUGGCAGUGCCCCUCAAGCUGCCAGUGGUUCAUCUCAGACUUGUAUCUCAGGGGAAGUUGUUGUGGAAGCCUGCUGCAGUGUACUGUCCAUGGUGUGCGCUGAUCCUGUCUACAAAGUGUAUGUCGCUGCUUUAGUAAGUAGUUUUUGCAGAUUACUUUAUUUCAUUGGUCUCGACUUUUUGAUAGCUUAUUCUGUCAUUUUAACUAAAAUUACGUGUAACUCUGAAGAUAGUUGAGCGUUUUAUUUUGGAGUGCUGUGGGCGAGUAAUGUCUUUUCAUGGCAUUACUCAACCUUUCUGUACAUUUAAAAGGCUGCGUGUAAGGUCCCCCUUAACUUUAUACCCUAAAAUAAGUCAUCCUAAAUGUCAGAUGUAGAAUCAUCAGAUCAGUAGGAGGCAAUAUGUAAUGCAUAAAUCUAACAAACAAUAUAGUGACAUUGUCUGUAAUUCUAGAAAACGUUACGAGCCAUGCUAGUUUAUACUCCUUGCCACACACCAGCUGAACGGAAAAAGCUGCAACAACUUCUUCAUUCAGUUGUGGAAACCAUCCUGGUCAAGUGUGCAGAUGCCAACAGGUAUAUUGUUAAUAAUCUGUAAAUUUCAUAUCUAUUGUACAUAGCCUUGCAAAGUCUAUUAAAAAUGAUAUCUUCUCUUGUAGCCGGACAAGCCAGCUUUCAGUAUCAACAUUGUUGGAACUAUGCAAAGGACAAGCUGGAGAGUUAGCAGUUGGAAGAGAAAUUCUCAAAUCUGGUAACUUCAGUACCUUUUUUUUUUUUUUUCUUCAUCUUCUACUUUGAACAGUAGAUGCUUGUAGUUUGUGUGAGAUGAGCAUGUUCAAAUCAGAGGCGAGGUUGCCUUAUUAGCGUGUGAAACACUUUAUGAAAUGUACACUACUUUAGUAUAUUUUGAAGCAACUUGAGAAGAGCACUGCAGAGUUUAAUUUGGCAAUGUAAGUAGCAGGCCACAGUGGUGGCUGGGGAUGUUUUGAGAUGACGUGCCUAUAGGGAAAGGAGCUUGUCUGUUGUAAAGAUCUCGGGACACAACUUAAACAUUACUUAAUAGUGGACAUAGUUAUAAAUCCUUCGAGAUGCAAAUGAAGGCUAUUUCUUUAUAGUUCUUUCAUUUUUUUUUUAGCUGAGGAUUGCUGGAGUUAACCCUGUGAGUACCUGGCACUUAGAGUUAAUUUCCUAAACAAAAGAGAUCGCUUGUCCAUAAAACAUGAUGUCCAGGGCUGCUACCCAGCAUAUUGCAAUUUUUUUACAUUGGGCACAGGGCGUUGCUGCAGGGUGAAACAGAAUUGGUAUCAUUAAAGAGACAGAUAUAACACAGUUCUCCAACACACGUUUGUUUUUACGUUAAAAUUAACAUUCUAGGAAAAAGUAUCGGUAGCUCUUAUCACUGCCAAUAUAAUUAUUUUAUUAAUAUUGGAUUUAUUUAUUGAUUUUAAAUUCUCUAUUUUAUUUGUGCAUAGCGUGAACAAUCACGUUUGCACUGCCACGAUAGCUGGUGCAAGCAAGUAUGGAAACAUACAAUAACAUAGGUAUGGCAUUGAAAUACAUAGCACAGUUUUUUUUGUUUUGUUUUUUUUUGUUUUUUGUAUAUAUUCAAGACAGAAAGUAAAACAGGAGCUUAAUGCAUGAGAAACAUACGUUUUAUACAGUGGUUACAUGCACUCUCGAGCAUAACUGCCUCUUUUUUAUGAAAGUUUCAACUGCGGUAUUAUACAGGCUAAACAAGUUAUGUAUGCAAAGUACUAGAGGUUCACUUAGCUAAGUCAGAUUCAAAUCUGGACGUUACCUCGCUGGUAUGUCUAAGCAUGGAAAUGGGUAGCAAUGGCCAGUCAUCAGGCUAGUUUAUCAACGCUGAUUUGGCCCUCCGCUUAUGUGGUGCGGUGUAUUUGAGUAAGUUGCAAACACUCUAACAUGCUAGACUAGGUAUGUGUACAAUAAAAGUUGUUGCUCUUAAGCGUGUAUGAUUAUGCUAAGUAUAUUAAUAGACAUGCUAGUCACGCUUGUCAAAUGAGAAGUCUUAGAAGUUAACCAUUAAUGCAGGCAUAGAACGGUAAACGAUAUACAAGUCGUAGUCGUUAGCCCUGUAACAAGGUCAAUAGGCCAGAUUAAGUUUUGUAAGGCUCAUACAUUGCAUAUGCAUUUUGUUUAAUAAUUAUAGGUAAGUGAGUUAGGUCGAUGCAAGUCGUGAGUAACAGUUGUUUUCUAGAUUAAAUGCUUGAAAUAGAAACCUGGACUUAGACAUAUUAACACAUGUUAUAGUUUAAACUGAGAACAGAGUCUUUGUAAAAUUUGCUUAUCUGAGAGAGUCCAGGGUUAGGUACGACGUCCGUGUAGGUAGAAGCGAUAGGCGUCCUGGUGAAGUGUAAGGUAGGCAGCAGGGUUGAAAAGGUUAGUAGACUGCGAGCUUGUUGUACAGAUGAGCGUUCAGCCCACUCCACAGGGUGGAAUGGUGUUGUAACAUACGAGAGCCAGUCCAUCAGGAUGAGGGUGGAGACCUUCCUGACCUCGCACUUGGUUGGGGGGCUGCCUAGCUUCCCCUGUAUGCCUGCUUUGACCAGCUGGUCGCUUGGCCCUCCAUGCUGCGAUUCUCCUCCUGCACCUUCUGAUUCCAGGUCGCUUGAGUGCCACUUGUCUUCGGCCCGAGGCUUUGAUGGGGGCCCGUACCACAUUUCCAUUGACCCCCAUCAUCGGGGUCGUGGGCCCAGGGUUCCACCGGGUCCCGGAUAUUUCCAUGGGUGUAUGGGUGGUGGCGGAGAGCUACCUCCUGGUUAGCUCCCAGCUCGGAAGAAGAGUGAGGUUGGACACUGGGUGUGUGGAGGGCUCGCAGCACUCUGUGGCCCAGCUCCGGUGCUGGUUUUCCUCUCGUGCGUUUGCUCGUUGGCGGGGGACAUUUACUUCCGCGGCGCCAUCUUGGGGCACUGUGUAGUCGAGGAGUAAGUAGCUUGCAGCUAGGUUGCUUGGGUUUCAUGUGUGCUCGGUUUGCGCUGCCGUGCCCGGUUCUCCAGCUUUGCCCAGAAGGCUGCAAAAAUAGCGUUAAGCCUGGCUGAGUAGUCCAGCAUUUCCGUGUGGCAGUCAGUUGUUUCGUCUAAUGUGCUUGCCGCCGCCGCCAUUUUGGGUUCGCCACGUGCUCGGCUGCCCUGGUGCUGCCGUUCACCGAGCUGUGAGUUCAGCCCGUGACUGCUUCUCCAGUCGCUGAAUGUGGACCGAGAUGACCCCCAUCGGUCCGGCGGGGUGGGGGGGUUGGAGGUGAGAGCCCUGAGGGGAGCCAUGUCCAGGUCAGUCAGCACGGGGAGCGGCCGUCUCCCCACUGCUCAAUCUCCGGUAGGCCUCAGGGUAUGUUGUCGGGUCCCCGGGGGGUUACAGAUUUGAUUUCGGUAUCGGGUAGUUCCCCCGGUGUCCGAUUGUGCUGUGUUUUGGGGAGAUUACCCCCCAAAAGUGCUGGAUUAAGCAGGAGCUGAGGUUCAGCACAACCAUUCAGCUUGGAUGCUAGGCUCCGCCCCCCAUAUUGGAUUUAUUUUACUGUUUAAAAAAAAAAAAAAAAAAAAUUUUUUAAAUUCUACAUUUGCCGUAUGUGUUAGUGUUACAGUAUAUAUUUAUAAUUUUAUAAAAAAAUGUUCCCCUCUCUUACAGAAAUAGUUUUUCAGUGGAUUAAACAUUGCAUUAUCUUUCAGGGUCCAUUGGAAUUGGGGGUGUGGAAUAUGUCCUAAGUUGUAUUCUAGCAACCCAAGCAGAGGCAAACAACUGGCAGUCGCUCCUUGGCCGUCUUUGUCUGAUCGAUAGACUUCUCCUUGAGUUUCCUGCUGAGUUUUAUCCUCACAUUAUCAGUGGUGAGGUCUUACAGGCUGAGGCAGCUAUGGAAAGGUAAAGUUUUACAAAAUAUUGGGGGAUCCUGUGCAUUUUGUGUCAUUUGUAAGCAAUAUAUAGUAUACGGUAACACAAUUAUAACGAUCUAAUAUUUUUAGACUUUCUUGGCAUAUUUAUUAGAUUAUCUGAGCCUAAUUCCAUAUCUCCCAUAGGAUGUAGACUUUAACGUAUUCUCUGCCAGCCUAAGGCAUAGUUAAGCUGGUGAUUUAAGGCAAUCUCCUGAGCAGUAUAUUUGUGAGUGUUGAUCAGGUUUUGGUUGCUGUGUGUAUUGGUACUUGUGACUGACUGUAAUGUGAAUAUAUUACUGUAGGUCUAGGAUAUUCUAACUUUUGCAAUUGUCGCUAGUUUUGUCUGUUAUAGUUCUUUGAAUUUCUACGAUAUGCUGAGUUAGUAAAUUGUAUGUAGUCAAUAUAACUGUACUAGUAACAUGAGAUUUGACAUUAAAUUCUGUGCUAUCAGACGUCACUGUAUUUGUCAUUGGUGAGAUCUGGCUACUACUGUGGGAUGACAAAAUCUUUAACCAGGAAGCAUUUGAAUUCUAUUUUAAGCUAUGCUUUCCUUAAUGCUUGAUUUUUCAAAAACAAAAUAAUUUUCAGAUCCAGACAGGUUCCUUAGUUUUUUUUAUACCAAUUGUUUAGUAUUAAUCUCUCAGCUGUUGCGUUUAUUAAUCUGCUGUAGUUACCAUUCCUCGUUAAAUAUGCCAUGAGGAUCUCUGUUAAAUCAUGGCUGCCAUGAAACCACACAUUAGAGCCAUUUGGUUACCAUACAGGGCAGCUGAUUAAAAUAUUUGGAAGUCUCUGGUUAUGCUUAUUUAGAAUUUCUAUAGUUACACAACUCAGUGGUUUCUGCAUAUUUACAUUUCUUUUUCUCUCCCCACAGAUAUAAGAACCUGCUAUCACUGUUAAACUUUGCCUUGCAAUCUAUUGACAAUUCCCAUUCUAUGGUGGGUAAACUGUCACGCAGGGUCUUCUUAAGUGCUGCAAGAAUGGUUGCAAGAGUUCCUCAUGUGUAUGUCAAACUUCUGGAAAUGUUGAGCACAACCAGUUCGACCCAUUACAUUCGAAUGCGGCGACGUUUAAUGGCCAUUGCUGAAGAAAUGGACAUUGUAGAAGUUAUUCAACACAGCCUGGAGGAUCCUCAAGCUUUUGAAAACCGCAGAGAAGCCUUUGUGCCACCUUCUGCCCCUGCAAACUCCCCAGUUAUUUCACAAAGUAAUUCCCCAGAAAACACUGUGCAACUAUCAGGGAAAAUGGUCAAAGACAAUUGUGACUCAAAAUUUGCCUCCAGCCCAGAGGACUUGCACGCUGCUUUGGAAGUUGUGUAUUUAGGGCUUCCUUUAACUUCUGUAUCAAGUGAGCAACCAAAGCCUGCCAUUCAGACAAAACGCAGACCUCCAAGUCAGUGCUUGAACUCUCCGUCUUCUACUCACCCCAAUUCCCUUUUCCCAAUAAUGCCAUCUCCAACUUCUACUCCUUCUGUGCCAGCUGGUCCUGGCCCAGAUGUCACCAAGCCCAAACCUCAGACAUUCACUCCCUGUAAACUGUCUUCUGCUUCUCCUCAAACACAGAGGAAGUUUUCUCUUCAAAUACAAAAGCACUAUUCAGGUAGCAAGGAACCUGAGAAACUUUCUCCUGUUUUCCCUCAUGCAAGACCAUUACCAUCUCAUAUGAUACACCGGCCAAAGCCAUCUCGACUAACACCAGGAGAUGCAGGCUUAGCUGGAGAGACUUCUAAAAGUUGUAUGACUCUUGACUUAAAUGGACAGACAUGUGGUAGUAAUACAAGUGCUAUUAUACCAAGUGAUGACACUGUGUUUACACCAGUAGAUGAGAAAUGCCGACUGGACACCAACACAGAGCUUAAUUCCAGUAUGGAGGACCUUUUGGAAGCCUCAAUACCAGCAUGUGAUAGCACAGUCACCUUCAAGUCUGAAGUUGCUGUUCUUUCUCCUGAGCGGGCCGAGAUUGAUGACACAUAUAAAGAUGAUGUUAGCCACAAUCAGAAAUGCAAAGAGAAAAUGGAAGCAGAGGAGGAAGAAGCACUGGCUGUAGUUUUGGCAAUGUCUGCCUCUCAGGAUGCCCUGCCAGUGAUACCCCAACUGCAGGUUGAAAAUGGGGAAGACAUUAUAAUUAUCCAGCAGGAUGUAAGUUUGUUUGCUUCUCAUAUAUAGGUUUAUACAUGAAUCUGUCUUAAGUAACACCACUUUCCCAAUUGACCUUAUUUAAUGAUGUGUUUCAGUGGGGUUUUUUUUUUUUUUUUUUAAACUGAAUUAAGCGCUACAUUUAAAGGGUUACUGAAAGCACCUUGGCCACUUUGGUGAUUUGAUAUGAUCAUGAUGUCUGUGCGUAUCUCAGUAUAAAAUGCUGCACAUACUGGGAUAUUUAAUGAGGUUACCAGAGGUCGAACUCCACCCCUGGCAGCAUCAUUAGUACAUUGGCCUAAUGGCUAAUAUCAAUUCUGUGCAUAUUUCUAUGCAAAGUGUUAGUCAUUGGCUGAGAGCUCCCAGCUGACGUUCUCAGCCAAUGAAUGAUUAACUAGAUAUGCCUCUGAGCUCUGCAGAAGCAAGAUGUCAUUCAACCAGCACCAGAGGAGACCAGGUGCAUGGUGGGACCAGGUCCAUGACCAAAGAAUGGUGACAUGUACUCCUGGCAUCAUAACCACUACAGUGGUAUUCAAUUAAGUUAGUAAUAUGUAUAUUAUGAGACCAUAUUAGUAAUAUGCUGCUAUUUUUGACCUCAGGCUCAGGAAAUUAAGCUAUCAGAAUUAUGAAUUUAAUGAACUGAAGUUCAUUAGUUCAUGAGUUCUAGGGAGGUUUUUGAUUUGACACCAUAAAGUCCUAUCCGCUAUAAUAUACAAUCAAAAUACUUAUACGCGCACAGGAAAACCACAAAAUGUAAGAUUAUGGCUGCCGUGAAAUUUCUCUUGAAAGGUCUCUAGACCUCUAGCUAAAGUUUUGAUGCUUAUAGUAUCCCCUUUAAGUAGAGAAAGGCUAUUGUCCGUUUUAUUCAGUCUUUUUCGUGACCCAAUACGUUCUCUAUUCUUUUGAUGUCCCAAGGGAAAAAAUAUCUCCGUCACAUUUAGUGUUUAAUCUGUGUAUUUGUAUUGACAUACGAAAAUAAAACCAUUUUUCCAGGGUAGGCGUGGCUAGGAAUAUAGAUGUAUAAAUCCUUAUGUGCUGCCUCAAUAUUGAUUAAAACACGAAUAAAUGCUCUUUAUACUGAGGUUGCAAAUUAAUUCAGUUUGCCAUGGAUUGACCUCAAAGUAUAAAGUACCACUUGAAGGUGAUCUAUAUAUUUACAUACAUUGCUUCACUGUGAACUUGCAAAGUGGGCAGUCGCUUCAGUUCAUUAAAUUUGAAUCUACUAAAACACACAAGGAUUGAUUUCAAUUUAAUAUGAUAAUGAAUUGGGUUUGCUAACGUGAUGUACUUCAGCUUACAUGCUUUUAAAUUACUUAACAGACACCUGAGACCCUGCCUGGUCACACCAAAGCAAAAAAUCCCUACAGAGAAGAAGCUGAAUGGCUCAAAGGUCAACAGAUUGGCUUAGGGGCAUUUUCUUCCUGCUAUCAAGCUCAGGAUGUUGGAACGGGAACAUUAAUGGCAGUCAAACAGGUGACUUUUUAUAUAUAUAUAUAUAUAUAUAUAUAUAUAUAUAUAUAUAUAUAUAUUUUUUUUUAUUUUUUAUUUUUUUUUAUAGAAUAUGCACACACAUACAAAGAAACCUUUAAUAUUCAAUGCUAAGGAUCACCUUAGCAUUCUGUCAUAAAGAAAAACUAUAGUGUUUGAAAUACAAACAUAUAUAUUCCUACCACUAUUUUACUUACCUCAUCGCUGUGGCUGGCCCUGUCUCCAUGGCUAAGAUACUCCAUCUAAACUCUCAGCCAAUCGAAGGCUUUCCCAUAGGAAAGCACUGGGAGACGAUUGUGCAUGUGCAGCAAAACACUGUGCUGCACCAAUUGGUAUCUCCUUAUUUCCUCAUAGAGAUUCAUUGAAUUAUUAUUAUAUUUAUAGAGCGCCGUCAAAUUCCGCAGCGCUUUACAAUGGGUGGACGAACAGACAUGUAUUUGUAACCAGACAAGUUGGACACACAGGAACAGAGGGGUUGAGGGCCUUGCUCCAUGAGCUUACAUGCUAGAGGGAGUGGGGUAAAAUGACACAAAAAGGUAAGGAUAGUAUUAGACUAGUGACAGUUGAAGAAUCAGUCAGGAGCUAUUAACAGUUUAAUUGAUACGCUUUUAUGAAGAAGUGGGUUUUUAACGAUUUUUUGAAGGAGUGGAGACUGGGUGAGCAUCUAACGGAGGAGGGAAGCGAGUUCCACAGGAACGGUGCAGCCCUCGAGAAAUCUUGAAGGCGAGCAUCAGAGGUGGGAGUACAGACAGAAGAUAGACGUAAGUCUUCAGCAGAUCGUAAGGGCCUAGACAAGACAUACUUGUGUAUAAGGGAGGAUAGAUAGGUGGGAGCAGCAUUCUGUAGAGAAAGCAAGAACCAGAAUUUUAAAUUGAGCUCUAUAUUUUAUAGGAAGCCAAUGUAGGGACUGACAGAAGGGUGAGGCAUGGGAGGUGCAGGCGGACAGGAAGAUGAGCCUCGCCGCCGCAUUCAUUAUGGACUGUAACGGCGCUAAUUGGGAGCACAUAAGACCACUGAGAAGCGGAUUACAGUAGCCAAGGCGAGAAAGGACAGUGGAAUGAACCAACACCUUAGUCGCAUCUGGCGUUAAGUAGGGGCGGAUGCGCGCAAUGUUUUUGAGAUGAAAAUGACAGGAUAUGGCGAUAGAUUGAACAUGAGGCUUGAAGGAGAGGUCGGAGUCAAAGAACACCUAGGCAGCGAGCCUGCGUGGUGGAGCUUGAUGGUAGCACCGUUGACUUGGAGGGAGACAGGAGUAACAACACUUGAGGGAGGAAAGACCAGAAUUUCCGUUUUGGUCAAGUUUAGACACUAGUCAAGAGGGAUGGGGCGAGAUCAGGAGAGGACAGGUAGAUUUGCAUGUCAUCUGCAUAGAAAUGAUAUUGGAAGCCAAGGGAUGGAGAACAGUAGGGGACCAAGGACUGAACCUUGGGGGACACCAACAAAGAGGAGUUGGGAGAGAAGAAGCAGAGCCAGAGAAAGAAACACUGAAAGAGCGCUGGGGGAGGUAGGAGGAGCACCAGGAGAGAGCAAUAUCUUGUAGACCGAUAUUGCGGAGGAUUAGAAGAAGCUGUUGAUGAUCAACAGUGCCAAAAGCCGCAGACAGGUCAAGGAGAAUUAGGAUAGAGUAGUGACCACGAGAUUUUGCAGCGAGUAGAGCAUUGGAUACUUUGGUCAGUGCCGUUUCCACAGAGCGCUUAGUGCGGAAACCAGACUGAAGCUGAUCUAGCAGAGAGUUUGACUCGAGGAAGUCUGUCAAUCUCGCAUACACAAUUUUUUUUCAAGGAUCUUGGAUGCAAAAGGCAGUAGCGAGAUAGGACGAUAGUUGGAUGGGGAGUUAGGGUCAAGAUUGGAAUUGGGGAUACAGUUGCAUGUUUGUUUGAAGGGCAAUGGAAAUAUACCAGAGGGGGGAGAGAGAUUGAGAAUUUUAGUGAGAGGUGGAGAAAGAGAAGAAGACAGAUGCGAGGGAAUUGGAUCUAGGGAGCAGGUGGUGAGGCGGGAGGACUGGAGCAGAGCAGAAACCUCUUCCAAUGUAGCGGGUGCGAAUGAACAUAGAACAGCAGAGGGAGUGAUGUUAGGGGAAGUAUUGUAAGGGGAAGAAGAAAGAUGAGAUCUCUUCUCUGAUUGUACAAUGCGGUGUUUAAAUGUACAAGGUGCCAUGAUGUCUAGCUGAGAGGAGAGGGUGGAAUUAUAGAAGGUUGCAGAACUAGGACAGGUGAGGUUUGAGAUUAGUGGAGAAAUGCUCUCCACUGAAGGUCAAGACAUUGGAGGUUUCUGUCUUAGGUAUGCCAAUGUCAGCAGAUGGUGGUCAGAGGAAAAAGAAUAUUGGAGAGAUUAGAGAAUAAAUGCAGGGCAUGGAGACGUUGAACGUAAAGUGUAACACUGACAUAGGAAGCAUCUCUAGUGGCUGUCUGAGUGACUACCAUUACAGGUGUUACUAGGCAGCCAUAUAAAUACUGUCUUUUCUUUAAAAUGUCUGCAGAGACAUACUAUAGGAAGCAGAACCACUGCAUUAAGUUAGUGGUUCUGGUGACUAGUGUCCCUUUAAAUAUAGUUCACCUGGGGUGUGUGGCCUGAAACCGCAUGGAAGCAAUAGCAUAAACCGAGAGCUCCGCCAUUAAGUGGACUACAACAGCGAGAUUCACAGCAAUAUUCACACAGCGACACAUCCACGAGCUGUUGAGGAUACGGGGAAAAGAUGUCCAACAAAUCAACCAAAAAAUGAAAACAGAAAACGCUGCAUUCACACCUAACAAUGGGGAAUAACGGCAACCAAGAUGACGCUGACGGAUCAAACUCCGCAAACUCGUACUGUGAUACUGGGGAGGACCAAGAUGUCCCUGAUGUCCCUGACAUCCCCUGCACACAACCGGCCGCGGAUGCCUCCGUGAGUAAAAUGAUGCACUCACUACAACAAAGUCUGCGGUCCGAUUCUCUAAAAUGGCGGCGCACAUCAAGGCAGACAUACUGGCCUUAAGAGACAAAAGGCACACUUAGAAGAGACGACAGAAGGGCUGAGAGAAGCACAUAAAGAACUAGCAGAAGCGCACACACAGCUCUGCAGCAAAAAGUGAAUUUCCUCGAGGGGAAAAUAGCAGAUAACGUAGAUAGAGAAAAGAGAAAUAUUAGAUUGAAAGGUGUACCGGAAGCUGUAGGCCCACAAGACCUAACUAAGUUCGUGCAGGAUAUGUUUCAGGCACUCAUCCCGACACUAGAGGUCUCAGACUUACGCCUAGACCGCACUCACCGACUGCCGAAAUCGAGGCAUCUGCCGCCCUCAACACCAAGUGAUGUAAUCACACGAAUUCACUAUUUCACAGUGAAAGACCAACUGAUGUAGGCUUCACGCAGCAAUCCGACAUUGCCAAACCCGUUUACAGAUGCUAAACUUUUCAUAGACUUAUCCGCGACGACUUUGUUUAAAAGAAGAGCGUUUGCCAUGGCUCUACGCAAUGCCGCUAUUCUGUACAAAUGGGGAUUUCCGGCGAAAUUAUUGCUGAAACGUAAUGGUACAGAUAAAAUCAUCCUCACUCCGAAGGAUGGUGUGAAACUACUCAGAGAAUGGAACAUCCCCGUAGCACAAUCUGCCAACUCCAAAUCACCAGCAGCGUCACCACCUAGAAAAAACGCAAAAGAUUCGCAAUCCAUCCCAUGGCACGGAACACUGAUGCAUCGGGCCGUGAGGCCACAGCUCGCCAUUGAGAACUUUCAGAUACGUAUAAACACUGUGGAACUGAGAGCCUGAUGCUCCCCUGUGUAACCUCGCAGCUGUUUUCACUUGCAAUGUGAUUCACAGCCGAGAGUCUACACAAGGCGGAUAGAAAAAAAAUAAUUUAAAGUUACUAGAUUUAUGCUGCCAACCUUAUCUUAUAAUUGAACCAUUAUCAGGUACCACCUGAAAAGUGUAUCUGAUAAGAGGGUUACAAGUAUAUGCGCAAGACUGUACAACAAUAGAUAUACCCUGAAUUGUUUAACCCUAGAAAAUACUUACAAAGUAUCUAACUGAGCAACUCCCACGAUACCCCACAUGGCUUACCUACCAAGCCAUAAACGUAUCCAUUUGCAGAAUACUGCGCUAGGCCACCCGGCUAACUGGUUUGUAUAUAGUUCACGUUAAACUGUUAUAAGUUGUCACCCACCCCACCUUACCUCCUCCUUACCACCAAAUCACAGAACUGUAGCGAGACAAGACUGCGAGUCGAGAGAAGAUCUCAAUUGCUGUAACCCAUUAACCACUUAACGGCACAAUGUCGAUCAAAAUAUUCUCUCUAAACACAAAGGGUUUGAACUGCCCUAAUAAAAGGUGACUAGCACUAUUGGAAGCUAAACAGAAAGCACAAGUUGCCUUCUUUGAAGAAACCCAUUUCAAAUGGGGCUCACGGCCCAGGUUUAACUCUCCCUGGUUUCCUAUAGACCAUCACUCUUGUUAUUCUACAAAAAAAAGAGUGGUCUAUAUCCUAAUAAGCAAAAACGUAACCUUUGAAUUAAUCCGCAAAAUCAGUGAUAAGAAAGGUAGAUAUCUCAUCAUUCAGUGUCAUCUGAAUAACAAUCCCUUUACCUUAAUGAAUAUCUAUGGGCCCAAUGACAAUUAAGAAGCAUUUAUAACCCAGGUAUUUGCUAUGUUAAAUUUGUACAGCUUUGGGGAGGUAAUACUUGGAGGCGAUACCAACCUUCACCUAGACAGUACCAAAGACUCAUCUGCCUCAGACACAGUGGCACCCACCACCUCAAAGAGACAGCUCACACAAUCCCAUAACAUCUGCAACAUCCUAUCAACACAUGAUUACGUAGACCCCUGGAGAAUAAUUCACCCCACUGAAAUUGAUUACACUUGUCAUACUGCAGUACACAGUAGUUACUCCAGAAUCGACAGAUUCUUGAUCAGAACUGCCUCACUUGCAAAAGUACUUGGCGACAUUACGUGGUGAGACCACGCUCCUAUCACACUGACACUCAAUGAUAGAUUCCCUACCAAUGAUUGAACCUCUUUGAGGCUAAAUGAAGCCUUACUCAAGAAUCCGCACAUAGUCAAACAAAUCACACUGGACCUGCAAAAUUACUUUGCAGACAAUGACAGACCAGAUAUAGACCCAGACUACAUUUGGCUAGCGCACAAAGCAGUCAUUAGAGGCAGCUUCAUUAAACACGCAAGCCAUGCUAGGAGAACCCAUCAAGCACAAUACCUGGCCCUCGUCAAUGAGAUUAAAUCUCACACAUAGGAACAAACACUAGUCCACCCUAGACACACAGUGAACCCUACUAGCAUUACAGACCAAACUGCGUGAUAUGGAACUGGCAAAAACUACUUGGCUCCUACGAAAAUCAAAACAGAAAUUGUUCGCGGCAGGGAAUAAAGCCAGAGCUAAAUUAGCAGCACAACUAAAACAAAAAACAAUCGCCUCCAGGAUUGCCUACGUCAAAACCGGGAAGGGUCAAAAAAUCAUUGACCCCGGGGAAAUUGUUAAUUAAUUUGCGGAGUAUUACCAUAAAUUGUAUAACCUGAGCAAGUACGAGGCUACUAAUGUCCCGACCAUAACAGACAAAGAAGAGUUCUUGACAGAGCUGCGCUUGCCUUUACUGACCCCAACCGCAGUACAGUCCCUACGAAAACCCAUAUCCCUGGAGGAAGUCACACUAGCAAUUGCAGACCUGCCUGCUAACAAAUCACCGGGACCAGACAGCCUUACAAAUACUUAUUACAAAUUAUUUGUAAAUAUCCUCUCUCCACACUUAUUAAAUCUGUACCGACAGAGCAAUGAACGGGGAGCUCUCUCUGCUGAAAUACUUAUGGCCCAUAUCUCCACCCUCACCAAGCCUGGAAAAUCACUGACAAUAUGUAAAAAUUUCAGACCCUAUUAAACGGAGACGCUAAACUGUAUGCCAAAAUACGAAGUAAUAGAUUAGCUCCACUCCUCAGACAGUGCACAAUAACCAGUCUGGGUUUGUCCGGGGCCGUCAGGGCUCUGAUAAUACUCGUUGAAUUCUCAAUAUACUAACACAAAUGGAGAGGGACAAAAGAUGCAGAGAAGGCCUUCGACCGCCUCAACUGGACAUAUAUGUCGAAAGUCCUGGAAUCCUAUGGAUUCCCGCUCGAAAUGGUUGGAGGGAUAGGUGCAUUAUAUAGCGCCCCAGCAGCCAAGGUCUCAACCGGGGACUUCAACUCUGAAUUCUAUAUCACAAAUGGGAUAGAUCCUGUCACUGGAACCAUUAGCACUUAAAAUACGUACAAAUCCCUAUAUCAAAGGAAUCCAAAUGCAAGGCCAAGAACACAAAUUGGCGAUGUUUGCCGAUGAUGUUUUGUUGUCAAUGGCAGACCCGGAAAAAUCCCUACCUCACCUUAUGCAAACCUUUAGAGUUCGGCCUUGUUUCUCAUAAACACAACCAGGCCAAAACCAAGCACUGCCAAUUGGCAUGCCCUUAGGGCUAAAAACAUUACUAAAAGAGCAAUAUCAAUUUGACUGGAGAUCUUCAUCUCUCUCCUAUCUGGGAGUUAAAAUUGUGACAUCCAUUGCCACAAUCAUAAAACUCAACUACUUUUAUCACACAUAUGUAAGACAGAAACUCUGGCGUGGAAGCACACAUAUCUUUCCUGGUUAGGGAAGAUUAACGCAUUUAAAAUGUCCAUACUACCCAAGAUCCUAUGUUUGCAGAAUGCUCCCCCUUAAGAUACCACGAUCCCUACUCAAAUCACUACAAAUUACAUGCAACACUUUUAUUUGGGACAACAAGAAACCCAGAAUACCUAACAAACUAUUACACACCCAGGAUUAGACAGGGAGGAGUAGGCCUUCCAAAUAUUACCCAAUACUAUAAGGCUACGGCACUAGCAGCAGGGAAUACUCCUACACUUGCCCAAAGGAGACCUAAAAUGGGUAGAUAUGGAAAGAGCACAAAUACCAGAUUACGAUAUUGUUGAUCUCUUAUGGACACCCAAACACCUACGUACCCCUCACGCGAACCUAUUUCCCACCACAACCUUCACUCUAGGAGUGUGGGUUGCAUUUAUGAAUAUACUAGACUGCAAAACCUCCUUUCACAUCAGGGCACCACUGACUGCCUUGAGAUCCAUGACCACAGACUUACCACUAGCUAGGUGGGUUAAAGUAGGAAUUACUCACAUCCAUCAAUUAACAGAUAACGGGGAAGUAAUCCCAUUUGCGGACCUACAGACCCAAUGGCACUUACCAGCUACGGAAUUGUUCACAUACCUGAGACUCAAAGGAACUAUAUUGACUCAUGUGCACAACUACCACACCAAAAAGACAAAUCACUACCUACUGAAGAUAUUCUUGAUAGAUGCUGGACUACUCCCGGCAAACCAAAAACCAUAUCCUUAUGCUACAAAAUAUGGGAAAGCACGACACCAAAGCAUAACCCACUUCGUAGAACAAAAUGGGAGGAGGAUUGUUCCCUUCAAUUAUCAGACGACGACGACUGGGUAAGGGCCCCCAACAACUUAUCUAAACUCACUAGAUGCUACACACAAGUAGAAGCUUACAGGAAACUAAUCUACAGGUGGUAUAUGACACCACAAAAUCUACCCUAAUGUACCACCAAUAUGCUGGAGGUGCUCAACAACAACCAGGUCAUUCCCAAACAUCCAACCCCUCUGGAUAGAGGUCCGGAAAAUGCUAGAAAAAUUAGGCAUAUCGAACCUACCAAUAAACCCACAAACCUACCUAAUGCUCCUAUAUCCUACUGAUCUCGCUAGAGAACACAGGCAGGUAUGUGCCAUUAUACUUCUAGCCGCUAGGAACCUCCUAGCCACACACUGGAAAUCGCACGUAUGCCCCUCAAAAUCACAAUUAUGGGACAAGAUCCAACAAUAUUGUGUGUGUGUGUGUGUAUAUGUCAUUAAACAGUGCAGAAACUCCAAACUGUAUGGAAACAUUGGAAACACAUGUACCCAAGGUUACAUACACCCAUGAGUAUACCCUGAGGGGUAUUAAGAUUACUUAGAGGCAGGAAUGCCGGGUCGCACUUAGAAACGCCGACCAAAUCUUGCACUCGCUACUUCUUGACCCAAGAAAAUCUAACUCAAGGCACCAUGUUACGAGUAGUUCAACACGUAGAAGGGUACUGACGUGCCGCACAGCCUCACCUACCCAGAAUUUGUGUAUAACAAGGCUAUAACCAAUGUUUGCUUUAUGUUCCCUCCCCCUUACUGAAUAUGUACUGAACAAAUGUCUGAGACAUCGAAACUGUAACCCCUAUAUCCCUUUCUCUCUUCUGUACCCCAUAAACAUGUAAACCAAUAAACAAAUAUUAUAAAAAAAUAUAUAUAAAUAUAUAUAUUUACCUGUCACACGCAAAUUAAGUUUAAUGCAGUAUAUAUUUAAACUGUCCCUGAAAAUGUUAGUGUCCAUUACAUAAAGCUUGCAUUAGUAUUUUGUUAAAGUGUGUUUCCAAAUAAUGCUAUAUAUGCUUAUAUUUUUUCCACUGAAAUGGUGCUUCAAGGCUUUGAUCUUUGUUGUAAACCAAAUCAAAAAGUUAAAGGUCCCAGAACACAGCCAAAUCUGAUCUAAUAAAAGAAAGGCAGGCUUGCUUUUAAGUUGUUUGCAUACCCUCCAUUUUUGUUUUUUUACAUUAGAUACUAAUAAUCAUCUUUACUCUUUCACAUGUCGAAGUCACUUAAUUGAGAAAUGUCCUAAAAGUUGUUCAACUAGAAUGUUACUUAUUCACAGGUUACAUAUGUGCGCAAUACAUCAUCUGAACAAGGAGAGGUGGUUGAAGCUCUGAGAGAAGAAAUAAGAAUGAUGAAUCACCUCUCUCACCCAAAUAUAAUCAGAAUGCUGGGAUCAACAUGUGAAAAGAACAACUACAAUCUGUUCAUUGAGUGGAUGGCAGGUAAGGAUCAGUGGUUGCUGGGAGAACACAAUGACACUGGCCUGUUUGUGGAAUAAUUCUAAUCAUGAAACUUCCUUCCAGGGGGUUCUGUUGCUCAUCUGCUUAGUAAAUAUGGAGCAUUCAAGGAAUCUGUCAUCAUUAACUACACUGAGCAACUGCUGCUUGGCCUAUCAUACCUUCACGAGAACCAGAUCAUCCAUAGAGACAUUAAAGGUAUAUAUCACAUGGCUACAUUUCCCACUGUUUAUCUGUGUUGGAGAAUCUUGGUAAUUGCAGCUGAACAUCUGUGAUGUGUGUCUGCAAUCCCCACAUGACCUUUAGUCAUUUGCUGUCCUUGAAAUGUGAGACACCAUCUUUUUGUCCGAAUGUAACAUUUAUUUUGUAUGUUGUGCAUGUGAUUUCCGCAGUAAAUGUGUAGCUGUAAAACUAAAUACUUGAUUUGCUUCUGGUCCAGCUAGAUGGCAAGUUCAGUGUGUCUCCUGUAAUGUAUAGUGCGAAUUCCCACAAAGCUUGACGUAAAUGCUAUGCAUUCAGGUAUGACAUGCAAGGAUUGUGUGAGAAAAUGUAAUUAAUUCACUAAAUUUUUUUUUUUUUUUUAGCAAAUCUAUCUCUACACCUGCUAAGUAAUUUGACAAUUUGAAGCAAAAUGUUAUUCUCUAUUAAGUCCUACUGAAGUAAUCCUAUAUCAGUAAUUUAGGUUGAAGGAUUACACCAUGACAACUUUAGUAAUUUUUAUAUAUAUAUUUAAUACAAUGUUAAACAAAAAUCUGCACACCAGUCAAGCCAUAAGACUUGCUUUUCCCACAAAAAUCCCAAAUCUGCAGUGAUGUUACAACCACAAAGGAUUCUGGGUGGACAUAUGCAAAUUAGUUUAACAAAGAAUCACAUUUUUGCUUCAUUCCAUUUUAAACAUGGAUUCCUUUUAAUCUGUGUUUGCUGUAUACAACUGCUUGGAACACAAUUUAGGAAAAGAUGCAAAACCAGUGAACCACUCAUGGACAGCUGUUUCGUUGUUAAUGCAACUCUUCAGCAUGAGGUUGGUUACUGGUUUGCUUAUUGUGUUCCAAGCAGUUGUAUACUGCAAACACAGAUUAAAAGGAAUCCAUAUUUAAAAUGGAAUGAGGCAAAAAUUUGAUUAUUUAUUAAACUAAUUUGCACAUGCCCACCCAGAAUAAUAUACAUACAUAUACAACCACGCCCCUCUCUUCUCUCUCCUCAAAGAAACACUAGCUAGCAAGGGUUACUACAACCAAAACCAGCGUUUAUAAGUUUUCCCAACACUGUAAUCAAGACCGUGCUGAACGUUGCACUUGGCAGCAAGCAAAUUAUUUCUUCUCCUCUCUUGGUAUGGAGUAGUUAAAGAAUGUAAAAUGUUUUUUUUUUUUUUUUCUCACCCAAAAUCCAGGUGCAAAUUUGUUGAUUGAUAGCACUGGACAUCGGCUACGAAUUGCUGAUUUUGGAGCUGCCGCUCGCUUGGCAUCGAAAGGCACUGGUGCUGGAGAAUUUCAGGGACAGUUAUUGGGAACCAUUGCAUUCAUGGCACCAGAGGUACUCUUAAUGAUUAUUAAAUAUGUUCCUUAUUCUGUUACUACUUUGCAAAGAUUUUUUUGAAGUUUGUUUAAUAUACUAACAUUAUGUUGAUAGGCGAGGGCAGUUAAUUUAUAAUAUAGAAAAAAAAAAUUCUCUUUUGUCAGUCUUUGAAAGCUGUUGGCAAAAGUGUUAUGUUGAACGCUUGUUAUCAAAUGCAUGUGGCACAGAUGACAUCUAAAAAUAUAAAAUUUUAAAAAGCUGUCCUUUGUAUUCUUGUAGCAGUAACAGAAGUUCAUAUUUUUCCUCUUAGAAUAUUUUUUUGUGUAUGAUCCGGUUCUUAGGAUACUGCCUUGUGGUGCUACAUUUGCCUCGCUCAGCCGUCCCCAAUAUUCAAAUGAUACAAAUGGUCUUAUCACAGGAAUAAUUGUUUUUUUUUUUUUUCAAUUUUAAGGUAUUAAGGGGGCAGCAAUAUGGAAGAAGUUGUGAUGUGUGGAGUGUUGGUUGCAGCAUAAUUGAGAUGUCUUGUGCUAAACCACCCUGGAAUGCAGAAAAACACUCAAACCACCUUGCACUCAUAUUUAAGGUAACCACCAUGUAAUUACUUGCUGUCUAACAGAGUAAACAUUUUAAAGUGUUACUCCAAACCCUUUUCACUAUGUCUUUAUUUUAAUUUAUAAUGCCUCCAUGGACACUAGUAACUUUGUCCAUACUCCUUUGUAAAAUAAGAAUACACGUGCAGCUGCAUACUGACAGAUUGAAUUUUUGCAUUGAAUGAAGAGAUCUGGGCUACCCAAGUCACAUGUACAGGAGGUAAAUCUAGCCCCAACACAAAAGUGCAGGUAUCUUCAUAUGAUGCAUUUCAUGCAGAAAUGCUGCACAUAUGAAUUGCUUACUCCAUGGCCACUUCUAAAAGCAAAAGUGGUUAUGGAGGCUGGAGUAUAUUUUCAAAACCCUGUAUGUUGCAUUUUAUAUAGAGUGCCUGCUAUACGGUAUUUGAGGGAGGAGUGUUGGAUAACACGGGGUUAAUGAGAAAUUCCUAAAAGUUGGUCAGGCUAUAAUUCCCAGCAUGUAUGUUUGCAUAGGUUUUUUUUUUUUUGUUUUUUUUUUAAAGCUGACUAUUUGUAUUGUUCCUUAUUAUUUUAAAUAUAGGCAUGAUUUACAGCAAUACAUGUUCUGUAUACAAAUAUGUGUUCUACCAUGGGAAAGCAACCUUUUAAUGGCAUUGUGCCAAAAUUAAACACUCAAGUCCCUUUAGGGUGCUGGCUCUAUUUUUUUCAAGGCAACAUUAAUGUUCGAGAAUUCUGUAUGGUUGUACGCCCCCCUUUGUUAGUUUUUAUGAUUUGUAUAUGUUGGCUGCAUGUGUAUGUGUUGUCUUUGGUGUUGGAUGUAUAUUGUGUGUGUGUGUGUGUGUGUGUGAUGUCUCUGGUGUUAUGAGUGUGUCUGGUGGCAUUGAGUGCAGUGGAGGGCUUUACGGCAUUGCUUGCAGGCUUGUGAUAUUGUUUCUGCUUAAGAGCUGCCUUUUAUGCAUGUGCGGUCUAUUGUAUUGUGUGUAUGUGUAUCUGUGCUGACUGUGGUAAUAUGUGCAUGCGUGUGUGCUGUCUUUGAUGUCAAGUGUGCGUAUUUGGGCUGUUUGUGGUGGUGUGUGUUUACGUGGACUGUCUGCAUGGCACAAAUGCUAUUCAUGGAUUUGUUUUGAAUUGUAUUUAAAUAUGUAGUAUCCCUGUAAAAGAACAUGUUUAAAUCUUGGCAUAGAUAAAAUGUACUUCUAAGGGAUGUGGAGAGCAAUUUCAGAGUUUGGGUGAAGAAAAUGUUCAAGAGUAAACCUGCAAUUAAUGUACAAAGUUACUAUAAUUAAUUUAAACAUUGUAAUUUUGACUGUAGUAUUUUGAUAAAUUUUAUAUCCUUAAAAACACUUUGUUUGUGUAGAUUGCAAGUGCAACCACAGCUCCUACAAUACCAGCACACCUGUCUCCAGGUCUGCGGGACGUGACUCUUCGGUGUUUGGAACUCCAGCCUCAAGACAGACCACCUUCUAGGGAACUGUUGAAGCACCCAGUCUUUCGAACAAAGUGGUAGAGAAUUUACAAAUGGAAAAAGAUCCAGCUUAUUUUACACAAAAAUUAAAUUGCUACUGACUACGGAACCUGCGGGUCCGGCUAAAAUACAGAAGCGUGUCCUGUUCUUUUAGCCAAAAAUAUGCAUACGUGGUUAUAGGAUCCCGUCCCUGUGCAUGACAAUUCAAAACCUCUAAAAGCUUCAGAGGUAGAGGUUUUAUGUUUCUAAAAUGAAAUAUGUUAAAUAUAUUCUUAAAAUUGUGCCUUUUGGGAGACCCUUUUUCCUUAAAUUAGAAAAUGGAUUUUCCCUUUCUGCCAUUAUUGUAUUUCAAAUAAAAUUACAUAUAUAUAUAUAUAUAUAUAUAUAUAUAUAUAUAUAUAUAUAUAUAUAUAUAUAUAUAUAUAUAUAUAUAUAUAUAUAUAUAUAUAUUUUUUUUUAUUUUUUUUUCAGAAUAUUAAAGCAUGCAUAAAUAUUUUCACACCUGCAUGUAAGUGGCGCACCUGUAAGAAAGCAGUGGUCGAAUGCCUUGUAUGUGACAUGUAUCCUAAUAGGGCAGGGAACAGUAUUCAAUUUUAUGAUUUUAUUUUUUUAGGGAGAAUUGUUAACAAGGCCAUAAAGGUUCUGCAAUGUAGAAAUACUGUCCACACUGUAGUUUGGCUGCCAUUUUAUAACAUGGCCUGACCUCUUCACAGCUUUUUCAUGUUUUAUUCAUUUCUUAGUUACAUCAUUUCAUUUGCAAAUUUGUGUUUGUUUUAAUUGCAUCAAAGCAAACAGAAUUUCAUAUAAAUGUUUAUUUCAGCUCUUUAGAUUUGUUUUUAUUUGACUAGGGCUUUAAUUGCUCUCCCUGUCUGGUCUGUAAAUCUUGAAAUUCUGGAAUAAUCAAUUUUUUUUUUCUCUACUUUUAUAGCGUUUUUAAGCUGUAAAAAAAUCCCAGAUCAACUUUGUGACUUGUCCAAGUUUUUCUUUUUUUUUUUUUUAUAUAGUUUUAAUUAUCAAAUGAUUUAACUGCGGUUUUCCUUCCAGUAUACAUCAUAAAUAGGAACUGGCUGGUCUGCAAUUUAACCCUUUGAAUGCCAGUAGGAUAAGCAUUACUUUUAUUCAUGCCUAAUGUUGCAGACACUCAAAAGGGUUAAAUAGAACAAAAAAAAACUACUUGAAAAUGUCUCUUUUCUUUUUGCGACUGGAGGGCAGUUUUAUGAGCUCAAAGCCUUGCACCUCAUAUGCGCUGAGAACUGAACAUCUCUUGCAUCUGCUAUGCUGGGGAUACUUUGUUGAAUUUUAAAUGUUCUAUUUAAAAGGGGUUUUAUGGGUUAUUUUGUGCAUGUAAAACUGAAGGAAAAUGGCAGCUGUUGCAUUGCUUUGUUAUCCUUGGUAUAGGUUUUUAAUCAAAUCUUUUUAUUUUAUUUUUUUAACUCAUUGGAAGACAGUUGGUAUGUUGCACAUUGAAAGAAUUACUCAGGAUAAUUAAAAUAAGCUACUGUACAUUUCAUCAGAUGUACUCUUUACGAUUUAGAAAAAAGAUUUGUCAGAAAAUAUCUGAAUAGCCAUGAAAAUGCAUGCAACGCCAAGGCGUUAAUGUGAACGCUUUGAAUCAGACAUUCCUUUUUGUGUGACAACCAAGAAAGUUCCAAAGAGUUAAACUAUUCCUAAAUGUGAAAUUUGGUAGCUCUAACUGUAAUUUACUUGACUCUUAUGCUAUGGCCUCAAAGUCUUAAAACUCUGUCUCCCCAAUCUUUAAUUGCUUAGACGCACUCUCACGAUUCUGCUCUAUACUGGAAGAUUGGCGCUUUACCUGGCAGAGCAACACCUCCGCUGAUCAGUGUUACUUUGUAGAUUACUAUGUCUUCCACAUUUCAAGCUCUCUUCCAUUUUGGGUUUGUGCUACUUUUCCUACUGCUUUAUUGUAAUUGUGGUGUUCCUUUUUUUUUUUUAAAUGCAAAUUGUGAUGUAAUCUUAUUUCUUUGGAUCAAAGCUGGACUGAAACUUGUGUUGUAUAAUUAUUUUUGUGAUGUUUUUUUAAUGUUAUUUGGUACUUUUUUCCCAAGUUGUAAAUAACGCCUACUGUUUGUUCUGGUCUUGACUACCUCAGGUGUCCUAUAGAUUUUUUUUAUUUUAUUUUUUUCUUCUACCAAAGUUCACGUUCACAAUGAGACUAUAUAUUUGCUGUAUGAUUCCUAAGACUUCCAGGGCUCAAGGGCUAAUUUCUCUUAGCGCCUUAAUGUGCAAGCAAAUGUUGCAGAAAUCUGUGGGUUAAGAAAAUGUGGCUUAAAUGUAUCCUUUUAUUAUUUUAAAUAUAUCAAGAUAUUUUAAUUAUUAAAGGUUUUUAACCCAUG